AACUACCAAGCGGAUUAGGCAGAAAUGCUGUAAGAACUAGGACAAAAAGCACAGAACUACAAUGGAGUGGAUUUUUCUAAGAAUUCUCGCAGUAUUCUGUACUUUAAGGACGGUCUGUUUUGCCGCAAACGGUGAUUUUACAUCAAGAACCUGUCAGCCACCAAAAUUUACUGGAAAGGGCUAUGUAGCAUUUACUGGAGAAAUAACGAGACUGUUUCUUGAGAAAAAUAACCACAUAACAGCUCGAGUUUACGUGCGAAAUGUAUUUCGCAGGGACGCGCAUUUAGGUAGCGUUUCCGAUAUAAAUGCCAUCGAAAGAGCGUCAUCUUGUGAUCACCGACACAAACUGGAAGACGUGAGACUCUGGGUUGCUAAACGACACUCCAGCGGAUUUUUGACCGCAGUUGCUUCUUUGCCUGUCACGAUGAAUAUGAUAGAUGAAGUCCUCAGAGCACUCCCAGAUGAUUCUUUCGACAACGGCAAAUUGUUAGCUUUCCAACAAGGGAUAGAACCAUGCAACGAGAGUAACUGUCGAUAUGGCGGAGUGUGUGAAGAAGAUUCCAACGGGCGUUCUCAGUGUCUGUGCAGGAUAUACUGUGCCAGACAGUAUGAUCCAGUUUGUGGAACUGAUAGUAAGACGUACAACAACCCUUGCCUCAUGAGAGCGGCUAGCUGUCAGUAUCAGAGGGAUAUCACGCGCCUUCGUUACGGGAAGUGUGGUGCCACGAGUUGUCUUGGGUUGAAAAACGCCGGUGUCGCCGCCACAGAUGGUGAAUACCUCAUAUAUGUACGUUCAAAGUGUAACACGCCAAUGAAAGUCUAUUGUCACGGUAUGAAUACUAGUACCCCCAAGGAAUUUGUCACGUUGCCAGCCGGAGUUCAGAACAAUUACGCCUAUAUUUACGCCAAAAGGCUGCCUCACAGACCUUACUCCGCAAGGUAUCGAUGUUCAGGAAAACCCGGAGCUAUGAAUUACACCGAAGCCGGAUUGACGAAGUUCCGCAAAGUUCGUGUGGAUCUCACGAGAAUGGCGAUCAUCCCCGACGAUUAUACGUUUGCUAAGUCGGAUCCUUUCGGCAGGAGAAUCGCGUACGGAACAGCUGGUGACUGUUUCUCAAUGCAUUUUGGUGGUAACUGCAGAAGGGGACACUUUAAAAUUGACCUUACUCGUACAGGCCUGCGCUUGAAGUCGUCUACUGAGUGGCAGGCGCUUGGUUUCCCACCAGGAAUAGAAAUGCAUGAGUACAAAAAAUCUAAGGAUGGUACAAUGGUGUCUGCUAAGUGCGGAGGAUGGUGCGGACGAUGUAGACCUAAUGGAGAAAUGUUACUUGAGCAGACUGUCUGCAAGCAAGAAGAAAAUCCCUGCCAGUCUAUUGUAUGCGAAUUCUACUCUAUUUGCCGCCGAUCCAUAGAUGGUUACAGCCAUGUGUGUGAAUGUCCUUCGAACUGCUCCAAAGGGAAUUCACCGGUGUGUGGAAGUGAUGGAAAGACUUACGAGAAUGAAUGUGAACUUCAAAGGGAAUCUUGCACCAAGAGAAAAACGAUUAAAGUUAAAACCAUGACAGCAUGUGGAGUAAAACAGCCUGUUCACCUCAUGUUUGGCAUUGAUACUGCAACUAUGAAUGAGCCCAAGUAUGUCCUGAAAAUCAAAGAAUUCUACAAGGAACUUGGAAACAGAUUCCGCAUCCCUGAACAAGGAAUAGCUCAUGGAUUUUUGAAGUUUGAUCUAAGUGGCACAGCAAAGAUGGAUUUUGUAACAUUUUACAACUAUGUUACCUUACCUGCAUAUAUCAAUGCACUGCAGAGCAUUGACAAAAAGACAACACUGGAUGAGGCAAUGAGAGAUUCUGUUCCUGGUCUCUUGUAUAGGUUGGAGUAUGAUAACAGAUUGAGAUAUAGUCAGUUCCCCAAGGCUAUUGUGCUGAUAACUGAUGGAAGUCGUGUGACUUAUCCUCAAGGCCUCAUAGACAUGUCCAAUGCAUUAAAGGAUGCAGGAAUCAAAGUAGUAGUGCUUCUUGUUGGAGAUGAAGAUAAUGGACUUGAUAAUGUGAAAUCCAUUGCUUCAGGGGAGGAUUUCAUUUUGACCGUAGGGUCACUGAAUCGACUGAGAGUGAUGUUACAACCAACUGUGGACAAGAUAUUAAAAGAUCUUGACGAUUGUCGCUGGAAACGUUGUCAUUUCUACUCAAAGUGUGUCAAAGGUGAUGUGGCAAAAUGUGAGUGCAACCUGGUGCCUAGUAAUGUCAACCGCCCAGUCUGUGGCUCGGAUGGUCAGACUUACAAAAACCUGGUUGCCCUGCAACUGGUGGCUUGUCAAGAACAAAGGUGGAUUGUGCCGAGACAUACAGGAAGAUGUGCUACUGACCCAGGUUGUGAUGAGCUGGAUUGUAAAUAUUACUCGUAUUGUUUGGUGCCGCCAUCUGGAAUAGCCACGUGCACCUGUCCUGAUCGAAAUGCCUGCGGUGAUUCCAAGAACCGAGUGUGUGGCACGGACGGGCUGUCGUACGAUAACAUCUGUCAGCUGACUGCAGCUGCUUGUGAGAGGUACCAUGAGGUCAGAGUACGGCAUGGUGGAUUGUGUAUACAACAACCAGUGGAUCUUGUCUUUGCUCUGGGAGGAGCAGGCUCCAUUACCUUGGACACAUUUCAGAAACAGAAGGGCUUCAUUAAGCAGUUCCUGGACACGUAUGGUACCUCUGCGCCUGGUGUGCACGUAGCCAUCAUUGACUAUUCCACAGGUCGACUGUUGGCCGAGUUCCAAAACUUCGACACAGACAACCUUAAAGACAAGGUCGACAGGCUGCGUUUAACACGAAGAGGACGAGUGCAAAGUGCUUUAGUGGGCGCAAACAACCAGUUGUUUGGAAAUUCUAAGCUGAUAAGAUCUUACGCGAUUAAAGCAUUGAUUGUUUUGACAGGAGAGGGCACGAAUGAAGCAGACGCAACGUUACGUAAUGCUGCGUCACCUUUGAAAAACCAAGGAGUUAGGAUAGUAGCAGUGGCUGUUGGCAAAAACCCCGUGAAAAGGAAGCUGUUGGUCUUUGCUUCUGGAGAAGAAUAUAUUUUUGAUUUCGACGAAAAUAAACAACUGCCAGCUUUGGUGCCAAAAGUAUAUGAAAUGAUUAUAAAAGAUCCGUGCGAGAAUAAGGUAUGUGAGCACUAUGCCCAGUGCGUCUCUUAUGCCGAUGGCAGCACCCAAUGCGCUUGUGAUGAGAAAUGUGCCAAAAUUGAAGAUCCCGUAUGUGGAACCGAUGGUCGGGAUUAUGCCAAUGAGUGUGUUCUGAAGGCGACAGCAUGUCGAGAGAGCAGGGAUGUGGAAGUAGCAGACAAGAAACCUUGCGGAGCCUGUUUUCACGCGAUGGACAUUGGUGUAGUUUUGGAUUCAUCUCGAAGCGUUGGUUGGGAAAAUUAUGAGACCCUUAAACGCUCCCUUGCCAAGCUUAUCGACUACUUCCACGUUUCUAAAGACGGCACCCACUUCGGCUUUCUUCACUAUAAUCAAGACGCCAUCUUGGACUUUGAUUUUGCCAAUUCUGCCUCGCAAAACCCACAGGCGCUGAAGGAGAAGAUUUUGGAAAUUAAUUACGACCCUGGGCGUACACGCACAGACAAAGCGAUCAAAAUGGCAAACGAGAGACUAUUUACUGAAGAAGGCGGAGCGAGAGAGGGUGUGCCGAAGUUGUUGAUUGUACUCACAGAUGGAAAAACCAGCGAUGAUUCAGCUCCCUACUCGACAGUUUUGGCUCCUCUAAAGACUAAAGGAGUGCAAGUUCUGGCUGUUGGCGUAGGAGCUGGGGCUGAUGAAAGUGAACUGAAAACUAUUGCCAUGGGGAAUUCUGAAAACGUCCUUAAGAUGGGAUCGUUUGGACAGCUUGCAAGAAGUUUGAGAACAGUAACCAAGAAUUUGUGUCAAGGCAUUGAACCACUGAACUUGGUGUUUGCUAUCAAUGCAAACGGACAAAAUUCUAAGAAUUACUUUGGCCGCAUGACCGACACAAUCAACUCAAUCAUCGACUCUUACGGACAGCAAAAAAUCAGAUAUGGUCUUAUUGUCUACGGCAGUAAGGCGGUGCCACGAAUCCAAUUGACAGAGAUAUUUAGUAGCGACGAGCAACUAAAAAUCUUCGUGGAAAUGGUACAGCGGAGUCGAGGCGGAGCGGACUUAGCAGCCGCUCUUGAGAGUGCAAAGGUGAUGUUCAGCGGUGAGAUACCGGAGCGUCGCAAUGUGUUGGUGAUUCUGACCGAUAGCAAAGCGACAGGGGACAGGGCCAAAAUUCAACCCCUUGCGGAUGAGUUACAUGAGAUGCGUGUCAAGGUUAUAACCGUUGCCAUGGGUGAGGAGUCAGAUAGGAGUGAAUUACGGCCUUUAUCUCCCAUGAAAGAUAACAGUGUUAAGGAGGACCCCAAAGAGAGUCCUAAACAACUUGGUGACAGGAUCAUGAGAGAAGCUAUCAAAGAAAUGAAGUAUGUGCCUGUGGUGGACCUUGGCUUCGCUCUGAGUGUCUCUUCUUCAGAUGCCAAUAAGAACUUUGAAAAGAUGAAUUCUGUCAUCAAUGCUAUUAUCGACCAGUACAGCGUCAUCCGGAUCAGAUAUGCGGUCGAAGUGUUCGGUAACGACACAAAAACUGUCCUCGAAUUUCAUCAGAGUUUUACCAAUGGAGAUGAUUUGAAACGACAUCUUGCAACGGUCACCCCUGAGUCCGGUGGAUCACGCUUGGAUAUAGGACUCAAGGAGGGGGAAGAACUGUUUGAAUCGGAAGGCACUCGUCCUAAUGCACACAAAGUCCUGGUCGUUUUCACAGACAAAAAAUCGACAGGAGAUGAUCAGGCUGCUCAAACUGCUGCCAAAGAGCUUUUGGAGAAGGGUAUUAAAGUCAUUGCCAUUGGGUUGGGCAGCGAAAGCGACAUUACCGAGCUUAAAUAUAUAGCAACAGAUGUACGCCAUGUUAUCCCGGCCAAGAUCACGGAUGACUCAGAUGAAUUGGGUAUUGAGGUCAUGAAUCUGGCUUUCAAAGAAAUCCCAAAUGUACCUACCUUGGACGUAGCCUUCGCCAUUAGCGCCACAGCCACGGAUGCCGAAACUAACUUCAAACUGAUGAAAGACACCAUCACAGCCUUUGCUGAUAUGUACGGCAUGUCAAAGAUUAAUUAUGCAGUCGUGGCUUAUGGCGAAAAACCAAAAAAAUGGUUUGAUUUCCAAAGCCAACCAUCUGAUUUUGAUGCUCUUAAGCGGACAGUUGAUGCAGUCACUCGAGAGACAGGGAUAGUGGCAUUGGACAAGAGCUUAGAAGAAGCAAGGAGACUUUUUGAUGCAGCAAGACCGCAGGCUCGUAAGGUCCUGGUUGUUAUCACGGACAGGAAAUCUGGCUCAAAUGUUGGUGACGUCAGGACAGCAGCCAAGCUCCUGGAGCAUGCUGGGAUAACGGUGAUUCCGGUGGCGAUCGGUACAGAGGCCGAUACGAAAGAAUUGGAAAUUAUAACUCCUGACAAAGAGACCAUCAUACAACCCAAAGAUGGAACUUCGGCGACUGAAUUGGCCAGGAUGAUUAUGGAGAUGAUUCGCACAGUUCAAGCUAUCCCUGAGAUUGAUCUUGGUUUCGCGUUGAGUGCAGCCAGUACACUUUAUAACGAAACAUUUCAGCUAAUGAAGGAUGUGAUAAACUACAUCAUCGUCACCUAUGGCACCCAGAAAAUACACUACAGUGUCAUUGUGUACAGUGAAACUGCAUCGAUAGAAAUUAAAUUUGGGCAGACACCUCCGUCACCACAGCAACUCAAGACAGUUGUAGAAAACCUCGAUAUUGGCACGGGGACACCAGACUUGGCAGCCGCGCUGAGGAAAGCAGCAAAAAUGUUUGAUGAUGAUGAAAGGAGACCCUUAACUCGUAAAGUUCUUGUGAUCAUGGCAGAUAGUAGUUCUGGGUCUACUGUGGAUGACGUUAAAACAGCAGCCAAGCCUCUUGUGGAUACGGAUGUUUUGGUUAUACCUGUUGUGGUCGGUGAAGAAGGAGACCCUGAUGAGCUCGUUAACACGACACCUGACAAGACGAAUGUUAUUGAGACUGGAAAAGAAACGGAUCCUGAGGUGGUAGGAGAGAAGAUUAUGGACAAGAUUCGAGAUGGACCUUCAGUCUCAGAGGUUGACCUCGCCUUCGCCAUUAGCGCUACCGCAACAGAUGCAGAUGAGACAUUCAGUCGCAUCAAAGAAACAACAAAGUAUAUUGUGAAUAAAUAUGGAACAGACAAGAUUCAUCAUGGUCUGUUGGUGUUUGGCAAUGCACCCAGCCGUGUUAGGGACUUCAGGCGAGACGCGUUCACUCGAGAAGAAGUGAUACGACUUUUGGAUUCUGUACCAAGAAGUUCAACAGGACCUGACCUUCAGAAAGCUUUAGAAGAAUCAGUGAAGUUAUUCGAAGGACCUGGAGCUCGACCAACUGCUCGGAAAAUUCUGGUCGUGAUAAUGGAUAAGAGGUCUGGUGUCGACGAAACAAAACUGGGCGAGAUUUCGAAUACUUUGUAUCUGCGGUUUAUUGAUGUUAUUCCUGUUGCUAUCGGAAAGGAGGCUGACAAGAGAGAAUUGACGUUGAUUACAUCAGAUAAAAAUAGUCUGAUUGAAGCUCCAAAAGUAUUUAAACCAGAUGAACUUGGAGAAGCAAUAAUGUGGAAGAUCUUUAAAGUACGUAUUCUACCGGACGUGGACAUGAUUUUGGCUGUGAGCGCCACCGCAAGUAACGUAGCGCAAACUUUGCGCACGAUGAAAGACACCCUGAAGUAUGUGCUUAAUGUUUAUGGGGUGGGAAGCAUUCGAUAUGCUAUGCUGUCAUUCGGUACAGAUGCUACUGUUAUGGAAAGAUUCAACAGAAAGGACCCAUCUGCUGAGUAUCUUUUGCAACUCGUGCAAAGUUUGCCCGCAAGUCAAGGGCUUCCUGUUUUUGAGCGAGCUCUGAGUGCGGCCAAGAACAUUUUUGAAGGGGCGGAUGUCCGGCCAAAUGCUAUGAAGGUUGUUGUGGUGAUCACUGAUGGUCGUUCCAGGUCCACAGAUGAACAGCUCAGGACAGCAGCCAAACCAUUAGAAGAUAAAGGCAUUCACGUUAUUGCUGUUGGUAUUGGAAGUGUGCCGGACUCCAAACAACUGGAGGAAAUUACUCAGAGGAAGGGAGAUGUAAUUACAGGACCCUCCGAUGCUAAUCCAGCCUCUUUAGGGAACAGAAUCAUGGAAAAAGCUUUUGAACCUGUGUCGGUGCCUAUACAAGACAUCGAUCUUGUGUUUGCCAUGUGUCCAGUAUCUUCAACUUCAGACGAGACUUUUAAACUCAUGAAGGAUGCCGUCAAAUCCUUGGUGGACAAGUAUGGAACUUCUAAAAUCCACUACGGUAUUAUCCUCUAUGGAAGAUCAGCCGAAAGGCUAUUGGAAUUUUCCAACAAGAUGGUGCCUGAAGCUGAAGUGAAACAGUAUAUUGAUAAUCUGCCCAAACCGAAAGGCGUUCCUCCACUCGCACUCGUCAAAGCUCUGAACGACACCAAAAAGAUGUUUGACGGAGUAGGCGCACGGAAGGAUGCCAAAAAGGUUCUUGUCGUGUUCACAGACAAGAGUUCGGGUGCUGAAGAAAGUGCGCUAAGGUCUUCUGCUACUGUUCUAGAAAACGAAGAAGUGGAGAUCAUCGCUGUAUCCAUUGGAGUGGAAGCUGAUGCGAAGGAGUUAGCUUACAUUACACCACAUACAGGGAAUAUUAUAGAUUCACCAACUGAUGAAAAUCCUGACAAGCUUUCCGCAGAAAUCCUAAGGCUCAUCCUCACAGAUCCCCCACCGGUUUCAACGGAAAUUGACGUUGCCUUUGUACUGAGUGCCGACUCCUUAGAAAACGGACAGACAUUCAGGUUAAUGAAGGAAACAAUAGCCUGGAUAAUCGGCAAAUAUGGAACAGAAAAGUUGCGUUAUGCCCUCAUCGUGUUUGGCGCCAAUGCAAAGACCGAACUCGACUUCGAUAGUAGCACCAGAACUCCAAAUAAUCUGAUAGAAUUUGUUCAGCUCCUUCGCAUGCAACCUGGAAGAUCCAAUAUCAUUGGAGCUCUAAAGAAGGCCGUAGAGGUGUUCGACUCUGAGAAUGCAAGACCUGAUGCAUGCAAAGUGGUAGUGAUAAUGACAGACAAAGCGUUUAGAAGCAGUGCGCCUGAAAUCAGUGAAGCUGCCGCACCUCUUGACGAGAGAGAAGUAAAGGUCAUUCCAGUAGCUGUGGGUUUUGAGGACGAUUCAUCCCAAUUGGAGUUGACCAAUCCAGAUGGUCUUGUCAUUGAAGUGCCUAGAUCUGAAAAACCACGAACACUGGGAAAACAGCUUAUGGAACAUGUUACCAGAUGCAAGUUCCCGCCAGUUGAUAUCGCCUUCGCUCUCAGUGCUACAGGAUUAUCCAGAGAGAAAAUUUUCAAGCUCAUGAAAGAUACACUGAAAACCGUUGCUGACAAGUACGGUACAGGGAGCUUUAGAUACAGCUUCAUUGUGUUCUCGAACACAUCCAAUAUCUUUGUACGAUUCAGCGAAAAGUAUUCCACCAUCGACGAAUUGGAGGCCUCCGUUGACGCUUUGCCCUCCGCCACGGGAGGGUUGUCUUUCAUAGAGGUCAUCGAAUCUGCUAAGGAGACAUUCAAAGACAGUGGCGUUCGCAAGGGUGCUACGCAUGUCCUCGUCAUUUUGACGGACGGGAGGUCUGGUGAGGAUGAAGACCAGAUAAGAGAAGGAGCAGUUUAUUUGGAGGAGUCUGGAAUCGUUGUUAUUCCUGUUGGUGUAGGAGAUCAAGUUGACAGUAAUGAACUGGGCGUCCUUACAAGCAACGAGGAUAAUGUGGUUCUUAUUGAUGAAGAUGAACAACCUAACCGUUUGAUGGAGCUGAUUAUCGCUAGAGUUCUUGAAUCACUGAGACCACCACCAGUUGAUCUUGCGUUUGCUUUAAGCGCAACUUCUUUCCAGUCGAACGUUUCUUAUCCACUGAUGAAGGAGGUGAUAAAUUCUAUCAUACAACAAUACGGUACAAAGGACAUCCAUUUCUCCUUUAUUAUUUACGGUUCUGAAGCAUCCACUAAGUUCAGCUUCACCAAAGAGCAGGUGGAUCCCGACGACUUGCGAAGAUUCGUCACAUUUAUGCCGGAGAUCACUCCACCGACAUCACCUCAUGUUGCCCUUGAGGCGGCUUCUGAAGCUUUCAAGGGAUCGGGUGUGCGCGCCAAUGCUUCUAAGGUACUCGUUUUGAUGACUGACGUAAAGGGGGAUUCAUCCAAGGAAGAGAUUGAGUCAACCUUUGCACCAUUGAAAGAGCAGAAAGUGAAAGUUAUAUCCGUGGGGAUUGGGUCAGAUGUGGAUACAAAUGAACUGGUUAAUAUUACAGGCAAUAGCAACAACGUUAUCACUGUUCCCAUUGAUGCAGGCAAGACACCUUUGACCAAGGAAUUGAUGGAGAAAGUUUUGCGGCCAGGUUUGCCAGAGGUACCUAAAAUCGAUGUUGUGUUCGCCAUAACUGCAGUAUCGUCUAAAGCUGAUGAGGUGUUCCAAACGACGAAAAAGGCGAUUACUUCUAUUGUCAACAAGUACGGAACGGGUAAUAUGCAGUAUGGCGUGAUCCUAUUCGGAAGCGGAGCUUCGUCAUAUAUAGACUUGGCCUCUUACUCCACAAGCGAUGAGUUAAAAGCCUUGGUCACAAAACUCCCCAUUUUAAAAGGAGGUCCCGCCUUAGAUGAAGCCCUCAAGCGCGCAGGAAAAAUGUUUACAUCGCCAAAUGCGCGCAAAGAUGCACACCAAAUCUUGGUCGUGAUCUCAGACAAAAAGACAUCUUCCAAUCUUAAUGAUGUCAUUUCUGAGGCGAAUAAACUUCAAGAUUUAGGCGUGACAGUCAUUUCCGUAGGACUAGGCAGCGAGGCUGAUGAAAACGAACUCCAAGAGAUUACACCUGAUGUGAGCGAUGUCAUCGUAAUUUCCAAAGUUGUUGACUCCGACGAUCUCAGAAGGAAAGUAAUGGAAAAGAUUUUAAAAGUACGUACAAGAGCACCUGAAGUCGACGUAGUGUUCGCUCUAACAGCUACAACAGGGAACCCUGAAGACGCGUUUCAGCGCAUGAAGGAUGCUGUUAAAAUCGUAACAGACACUUACGGAAUACAUCGGCUCCAUUACAGCCUUAUCGUGUACGGAAGCCGGCCUAGUGAGGAAUUCGACUUCAAAACUAGUUUUCCCACACGAUCAAGCAUUAAAGACUUCAUUGAAAAUUCCCGAAGAGUUUCAAGUCGCCCUGGAACCAAACGGGCCUUGGACGAGGCUUUGCAAAUCAUCAAAGAUUCAAGUCUACGUCCAUCGGUCAAAAAGGUUGUUGUCCUUUUGACAGAUGGUGUUUCGGAUCUGGAUCCUUCGGCUAUUCAAGGGGCAGUUCAGUCCAUGGAGAAGAAUGGGAUCCCUGUUCUAAUAUUUGCUUUAGUCAACAAUCCUAAAACUGAAUUUGAAGUUUCAAAAACUGUCAACCCAGUAGAUCUUGCUAGAAAGGUUAUGGAGAAGGUAUUUGAUGUUGUGGUGGAACCACCAGAGAUGGAUCUUUGUUUUGCUGUUAGUGCUACAGCGGCACUUUCUCAGAAGACUUUCAACCUCAUGAAAAAAUCUAUCAUUGAUGUGGUGGACACCUAUGGUGCAGGCAAAGUUCGCUACAGUGUGGUGUUAUUUGGAUCCGUGGCCAGGCUAGUUGUGAAGUUCAGCGAUGGUGCUUUGGACCCCACGAGGCUGAAAGGUGCCAUAGGUUCAUUGGUACCAAGCAGUGGAGCCCCGGCGUUAGAUGAGGCGUUGGAAAGGUCUUUGGAAUCUUUCAAAGAUGGCGAGGACCGUCCGAACGCCAGAAAGGUCCUUAUCGUCAUGUUGGACAACGAAUCAGGACUCCAGUUGAGUGACAUUAUGUUGAAGACGAGAGCUUUAGAGACGAAGAACAUUCGUGUUAUUACUGUAGGCAUAGGAGACAGCACAAACAAGGAGGAAUUAGAAACAAUGGCUUCCGAUAACAGGGAUAUUCUGCUUGUGCCAACUUCUGAGCCUCCAAGCAUGCUUUCCAAAGAUAUCAUGGUGUUGGUUUUAACAGAUCGUCCACUGAAUGUCCCCAAGUUAGAUUUGGUGUUUGCCAUCUCAGCGACUGGCACAUAUACAAGUGAAACGUUCCAGUUAAUGACAGAUGCCAUCGACUCCCUGCUCCAGAAAUACGACUCUAGUAACAUCCGUUAUGGUCUUAUUGUGUACGAUGAUGACGCUUCAGUUAUCGUCCAUCUCAGAAACGCUACUUAUGCUGAUCAGGUUCGGGAAGUGUUGGAAACAAUCGAGGAACCUUCGGGUGGAUCGGCCCUCGACAAGGCUCUGGAGAAAGCUGCUGAUAUGUUCGCCGAUGCUGGAGAUCGGCAGGAUGCGGACAGGGUCCUGGUGGUCCUGACAGACAAGAGCUCUGGGCUCGACGAAGAUCUCGUGUCAGGCACCGUUAUGCGUCUUGAACAGAUGGUCGUGAAGAUUAUUCCCGUGGCUGUUGGUGAUGAAGUCAGUCCAGUGGAAUUUGUGAUUGUGACCAAUAAGGGCAACAUAAUUGAAUCUGAGAAAGACAAAGAUCCGGAUGAAUUAAGUGAAGAGAUCAUGGAAAGAGUGAUAAAUGGAACCCUUCGGAUACCAGAAACCAACUUGGUUUUUGCAAUCUCCGCCACUGGACUCGAAGCUGAAGAAACAUAUUCAUUUAUCAAAGAUAUCAUCAAGUCGAUUAUUGAGAACUAUGGAACGGAGAGACUGGAAUUCAGUGUCAUUGUGUACGGUGAUUAUGCCUCACCACAAGUCCGUUUUGGAGACAUUUUUGCUUCAGAUGCCGAAUUAGUAGAAGCUGUUGGCAGUAUGCCUCGGAUGUCAGGGAGCCCUUCACUUGAGAAGGCUUUGGAAGCAGCAGAAGAUCAGUUUAACAGUCCGUUCAUACGAUACAAUGCAGCUAAGGUGUUAGUUGUCAUCUCCGACAAGUCAUCUGGUAAGAGCCCUCGAGAUAUUAGAGCAGCGGUUGUGCCUCUAGAAACAGCUGGAGUUCGCGUGAUCGCAGUGUCUGUCGGGACAGAAGUGAACCCUGCAAAGGAGAAGGCAGUAUCAACUGAUGGACAAGUCAUCAAAACCGACAAUGAAAAAAAUCCUACUAACGUGGGCAAGGAGAUCAUCGAUAAAAUUGCCAAGGGUAAAUCUCCAAUUCCUGAACUUGAACUUGGGUUCGCCAUUGCUGCUGGCUCAUUGUUUGCCGACGAAACAUUCAAGCUUAUGAAAGACACAAUUUCAGCGAUCAUCCGCGAAUACGGCGUGGGAAAAAUCAAUUAUGGGCUGGUUGUCUUUGGGGACACUGCAACUAUCAAGAUUCGGUUCAACGAUUUUACUGACAUCAACAAUCUUCUACAGUUCCUCAGUGCUACUCCCAAAAAAAGAAGCGGCGCUGCUAUGGAUGAGGCACUUAUAGAAGCUGAAAAGUUGUUCUCGCCGGCCAACGUUCGACCCCGUGCGAGAAAGGUGUUAGUUGUGAUUACAGAUCUACAGUCAGGAAAAUUGCCGUCCGAGGUGCGCGAGGCAACAAGACCACUACAAGAUAAGGGAAUAAAAAUUGUCGCCGUAGCAAUCGGUAAAGAAGUUGACCCGAAGGAGUUUGAGAUAUUUACUUCAAGAGAAAACAUAAUUGAGGAGAAAAGAAGCGCAGAGCCUGAUGAUCUAAAGAUGAAAAUUAUGUCUAUGGUCUUCAGAGUUUCACCCUCGUUUCCCAAACUGGACCUUGUGUUUGCUCUUAGUGCAAACUCCGGAGAUGCUGAUGCUACAUUCACCCUCAUGAAGACCACAAUCAGAAAAGUCAUGAAUGACUUUAGGUAUGGUGGUGGGAACAUUCAAUACGGAAUCCUCGUAUAUGGAGCCACUGCAGGAACAACGCUGCAACUUGGAGACUCAUCUUUCAAGGACAUUCUGGACCUCCGGAAAUACAUUAAAAACUUACCAAAACAAGCAAGUGAUCCCCAAGUUGACAAAGCACUGCAAGAAGCUUUGAAAAUUUUCCAAGGACCAAAUGCUCGCCUUGAUGCCAAACGGGUGCUUGUUGUUUUGACUGAUAAGAAGUCGACUUCCAGCCCAGCGUUGAUCAAGUCGAGUGCACAACUAAUGGAGGAGAACAAAGUCCGCGUGAUCCCAGUGGGAAUCGGAAGUGAAACAGAUCGCAAUGAGUUAAGAAGCAUCACUUAUAACAAGGGGGAUGUUAUAGAGGCAGAGAAAGAGGAGGAGUCUUGGAGAUUGGCCCGAGCAAUAAUAAUCAAGAUCUUGACAGAACCAACAAGGAUAGGAAAACUUGACCUCGCAUUCGCCAUUGGUGCUGCGUCACGUGACGCUAAGAACGUUUUGCAGCAUAUGAAGGAAAUCAUCAAAAGCAUAGCUGAUAUGUAUGGCACUGACUUGAUCCACUAUGGGGUCAUUACUUUUGACUCGGAGGCUGCUAUUAAGUUACGCUUUGGCAACAAAAUUAACUCUGCGGAGAAUCUGAAAGCGUUCAUCGAUUCAAUACCUGCGCCAAAUGGUGGGCCUGCCAUCGACAAGGCAUUAGAGGCGGCUAAAGUUCUCUUUGGAGGCGAUGACGUUCGUUAUGACGCGCAAAAAGUUCUCGUGGUGAUGGUGGACAAGCGAUCCAGUGGGGACGAAGUCUCUGCCAUGAAGACAGCGGUGGAGCUCAAAGAGAGUGGAGUUAAUAUUAUCACAGUUGCUGUGGGAAGCGAAACUGACCUCGUUAACCUGAAAAAUAUCUCGAAAACUCCUGGUAACGUGAUCAACACCACCAGCCGUGGCAAACCUGAUGAAGUUGGCAAGGAAAUCGUGGAUAAAACAGACCCAUUGAAGGUGACAAAGAUCGAUGUAGGCUUUGCUCUUGGCGCCACGUCCCGAGAUGCAUCAGUGACGAUCAGACUUAUGCAGGAAUCCAUCAAGUUCAUAAUAGACACUUACGGAACAACAAACCUGCAUUACAGUGUUAUGAAGUUUGAUGAGCGGCCGCAGGUUUUGGUCCGUUUUGCGAACAAACACUCUUCUGAAGAGUUAAAGGAGAUCAUUGAGGAAUUUAUCGUGCCCAGUUCUGGUUCGCUAGAUUUAGAGAAGGCGUUGAUUGAGGCGAAGAAGCUGUUCGAUGAGGCGGGAGCUAGACCAGAUGCUAAGAAAUUCCUGAUAGUGUUCAUGGAUAACAAGUCAAAGAAUGACAGGAUUGCUAUCGUUGACGCAUCUAAACCGAUCAUUCCAGAAAGUGGCGUUGUACCUGUUGGAGUGGGCGAAGAAGUGGACAAAAAGGAGUUAGAGGCCAUUACUCCUCUGAAGAACACAACAGUAACAGCACCGAAGACAGGAAAUCCCGAUGAAGUGGCAAAGGAGAUCAUUGAUAAAAUGAAGAAAAUUAUCCUCGAACCAACGGUUCCUGAAGUCGACUUGGGUUUUAUCAUAUCUGCUGGUUCGACUGACGCCUCAGCCACGUUGCAACAAAUUAAGGACAUCGUCAAGUCUUUCAUCAAUAAGUAUUCCACCUACAGACUUCGUUAUGGCAUCAUCUCAGGUGGAAGCUCGCCACGCAUAGAGCUCGCCUUACCUGACAGCGUAAACUCAGGUGUAUUACAAAAGGUUGAAAGUCUUUCUAGACCCAGGGGUACCCCUGACCUGGCCAAGGCUCUACUUCUUGGUGUAGAGCUUCUGUCUCCCGCUCGACCAAGCGCUCAGAAAGUCCUGGUUAUAAUCACAGAUGUCAAGUCAGGCAGCUCUUCAAGGCAGUUGAGGCUUGCAACACAAGCUGUUGAUAAUAAAGGAAUUCGCGUCCUUGCAGUCACCAUUGGCAAGGAAGUGGAUCGUUCCGAGCUGAUAACGGGAACAGGAUCUGGUGAAAACAUCAUCAACAGCUCCAAAACUGACGAAGGCGGAGAAGUCAGGGAAAAAAUCAUGAAAAAAAUUAGAGAGGCAAAACAAAUUCAAGAUGUUGACGUAGUGUUCGCCAUCAGUGCGACGGCAAGAGACUAUCGGCGAACCUUCAGUGUAAUGAAAGGAGUGAUGAAGUCCAUCUUUGAUCAGCUUGGUGUUGAAAGCAUCCGGCCAGCGAUAAUCGUGUAUGGAGACAGUGCGUCUGUGCGGCUACGCUUUGACGAGGAAAUCACCGACAUAGACGAAUUGAAGCGACGCAUUGAUAACUUACCGCGGAACACAGGAACCCCAGACUUGAAUGCAGCAUUGAAAAUGGCGCAGGUCGUAUUUGCGGGAUCUCGACCAAAUGCCAAGAAAGUGCUUGUGAUUAUUACUGAUGACAAAUCAGAUAGUAAACCGUGGGUUAUUACAGCGGGAGCGAGACAACUUGAAGAAGAAGGGAUCGAAGUUGUAGCGGUUGGAAUAGGAAGUGAAGUUGAUCGCAAACAACUUGAAACCACUACACCAUACAAGGACAACAUUAUCACAGCAGAUAAAGAUGAUAACACCAAGGAUAUUGCAAAUAAGAUUGUAGUGAUUAUACUAAGAAAGAGAAUACGUCUUCCAAAGAUCGACUUGAUGUUUGUAAUAAGCUCGCAAUCGUCCAAAUCCUCUCAAACAUUCCCUUACAUGAAGGCCAUUUUGACUGACAUUAUGCAGAAUUAUAGCACAAAUCAAAUCCACUUCGCAGUUGUGUUGUACGGUAAUGAACCCUCUGUCAUUCUACGAUUUUCUGACGGAUAUACGGAUCCUGACAAACUUGUAGAGGAGAUAAGCUCGGCUAGAAACGUCCCUGGGGGCUCAGCACUAGACAAGGCAUUACAGACAGCUAAAAUGAUUUUCACUGAGGACGAGGCCGUUAGGCCGGAAGCGCGGAAAAUCUUGGUCAUCAUAACAGACGAGAAGUCAUCUGGUGAUACGGUGGUUGCUAAGGGUGUUGCUAAGGACUUAAUUGACAAUCACGUGUCUAUUAUAACUGUUGCACUUGGAAGCGAGGCUGAUCGUAAAGAGUUAGAAGAGCUCACUCCCACUGAUGGCAACUCCCUGAACGCAACAACUGACAAGGAUCCGGGAGAGACUGCUGAAGAGAUCAUAGGGAAAAUAGCACAACUUCCAGACCCUAUCAACGUAGAGAAGAUCGACAUAGUCUUCGCAGUUAGCGCCUCUUCGUCACAGGCAAAGGAAAUAUUCCAGUUAAUGAAAGACACUCUGUCGUCCAUUGUCGCCACACAUGGCGCUGAAAAUAUUCAUUAUACCAUUGUGUCAUAUGGAUCUCAAAUAAGAUCUUUUGUGAACUUUCAAGACAAUUUUGGAGACGAGAAAGGCUUGUUGAGGAUACUAGAGAACCUCUCUCCCGUGGGUGGUACACCUGAUUUGGACAAGACCCUUGAAUACGCAAAGAGUGCAUUGGAGGGACCGGGCUCCCGUGCAGACGCGAAGAAAUUCCUUGUGCUCCUGGUGGACAACAAGUCGGGUAGCACCGAAGAAGAUGUGUUGAAAUUUGCGUUCUUACUGGAAGGUGGCGGUAUAAAGGUGAUACCAGUAGGAAUAGGAGUUGCUGUAGACCGCGAGGAACUAGAAAACACUACCCCGCUGAAGGGAAAUAUCAUUGAAGUUCCAGAGGAAUCAAAGCCCGAGAAUCUUGGGAAGAAAAUUAUCGACAAGAUCCGAGAAAAUCUGUUCCUUCCAUCAAUCCCAGAGGUCGACCUGGUGUUUGCGAUCAGCGCUGCGUCAGCAAAUGCAGAUGAAAACUUCAAGAAAGUAAAGGAAGUUAUAAAGGCCAUCAUUGACACGUACUCCAUGAACAAGCUCCGCUAUGGUGUCAUUGUAUUUGGAUCGAGCGCAACCACAAGAAUCGCCUUACUGGACGACUUCCCCAGUGAUAAGAAACUCAAGAGUUUUUUAAAUAUCAUUUCCAGAGAGAGAGAGCUUCCUAAUUUAGAUAAGGCUCUAAAGAUGGGAAAGGAAUUGUUUUAUGAGACACCAGAGCGUCCAAAUGCAAGAAGAGUUCUUGUGGUAAUCCUGGAUAGAAAGUCUACAAGUAAGCUUCCCCAAUUAAGGGAAAGUGCGAAAAUGCUGGAGGAAGACAGUAUCAGGGUGAUAGCAGUUGCCAUUGGAAACGAAGUAGAUCGUAAUGAACUUGGAGUGAUCACACCUGACAAGACCCACGUUAUCAACGUCACCACCGACGUCACUGUCAUUGAUUUUAAAGAGAAAAUAAUCCGCAAAGUGUUUGAAGAGGAGAAAGGCGAGGAACAUGACUUUGUCAUUGCGGUGUCUGUUGGUCUUAGAAACAUGCCGUUCUUCAAGAAAAUGGGUAUAGAACUUCUGGAUAGAUAUCCAAUUAGCAGAGCUGCUUACAGUUUCCUUACUUACAACUCAGGAAUAAGAAGAGUCCAUACUUUUCAAAGGAAGUUCUCUUCCGAUAGCCAGGUUAAAGCCGUCGUACAGAACCUACCUGCCAGAUUGGGUUCUCGUGCCAGACUUGAUCUGGCCCUGGUGGAAGCAAAGAAAUUGUUUACAGUAGGAUCUGGAAGCCGGCCUCACGCAAGAAAGGUUGUUGUUAUAUACACGGACAGAGAACAAACCGGCAGUGACACGGCUGCAGCAGCCAAAACCUCGAAGGAAAUGGAAAAGGAAGGAAUUCAGAUUAUUGUUGUUCUUUUGAACAUGAGGAACGUUCCUCCAAUUUGCGGUGUGGUCACUCCAAAUAAGAUAAGUAUCAUUCCGUCAAAACCAGAAGAAGGUCCUAAAGUGGGUGUGGACAAGAUCAACGAAGUUCUGAAAGAAGGUCUUAAACCGACUCCGGAGAUUGAACUAUGCUUUGCCUUCAGCGCAACAAGCAUAAAAUCAGGCAAGACAUCGCUUUUGAUGAAGAAGACAAUCAACAAGAUCAUCGAAAAGUAUGGCGCUGUCAAACUUCACUAUUUAGCCGUCGUGUUUGGUACCCAAGCUCAACCUUUAAUUAGUUUCCGAGAUCAAAAUCUAAGCGACAAAGAUCUCAUAUCCAUCAUCAGCCGUGUUCGACUACCUCCUGGCAGCCCCAGACUAAAUGUAGCUUUGCAAGAAGUUAAGGAAGCCUUCGACAAGAGUCCCAAGCGGCCCGGGGUAAAGCGAGUGCUAGUCGUGUUGAUUGACAACAAGUCAACUGGUGACGCAGACAACAUGAAGAAGCUGCAAGCUGCUAAAGAGCUGUACGGAGGAGACGUGAGCAUAAUCAUGGUCGCGAUUGGUGAAGAAACAGAUCUGAAUGAGCUUGGAACAGUGAUAUCUCGUAAAGAGAAUCUCAUUAAAGAGUCCAUAGACGUUGAUCCAGAAGAACUUGCAGAGAAAAUAGUCGAGAAGACCUUUGGUGCUGCAAAAGAGGAGCGUAUUCCUGAAACGGAUAUUGUUUUUGCAAUCACUGCAACCUCUUCAAGGUGGAACAACAACCUUCAACAUAUGAAGGAUGCAAUCACUUCGAUCCUGGACACGUUCUCCAUGGAUUUGAUACGAGUCGGUGUCAUUGUGUUCGGAGGAGAAGUUGAUACUUCCAUUUCCAUACAGAGUAACUUAGAUAACUCGCUACAAGCUGAUGUUGGCAGGCUGCUACCUAAAUUUGGAGUACCAGACCUAAAAAGUGCACUCAGUGUUGCAAAGAAUGUUUUUCAGACAAGCGGGAGAACAAACGCUCGCAAGGUUAUAGUGGUGAUAUCUGACAGACGGUCUGGCAGCAGCCAAGAAGACAUUGAAGCCGAGGUAGAUCGUCUGACUGAAGAAAAUAUCGUACUGAUCAGCGUUGUAAUUGGUAACGAAGCUGACCCUAAAGAACUGAAGAAGUUUACUCCUCACGAAGUGACGAAAACCACACCAGAUGAAAAUCCGAAAGAACUGGGCGAGAAGAUCAUCAUCUUAGUGCUGAAAGAACCAGGUGUAGACCUUGCUUUUGCCGUUAGCGUUGACCAAGGGAACCUCAAACUUCUCAAGGACACAGUACAGAAAGUGAUCGACAACUACGGCGUGGACAGAAUACAUUAUGGUCUCAUCACAUUUGGUUCGUCCGCCACGAUUAGGAUCCGAUUUACAGAUGAGGUCAAGGAUCCGGACGAGCUAAAGAAGUCUGUCAGUGAAAACAUGAUAUCGACUCGCAGUUCUCCGAAUGUAGACGAGGCCCUAGCAAAGGCGGAAAUGCUGUUCCAAGGUUCAAAGCGAGAUCAGACGCACAAAAUUUUAGUGGUGAUAAUGGAUCGGUUAUCAUCGAGUGAUCCUCUUAUCGUACAGGCCAGAGCUAGAAGACUGGUGGACUUAGGAGUGACAGUAAUCCCUGUUAUUAUUGGCGAUGAAGUAAACAAGGAACAUGUCAAGCCCGUUACAGAUGACGAAGAUCGUAUUGUGCCAGUCCAACCAAGUGAUAGACCAGAGGAAGUGACAGUGGUUAUUGUCGUCCAAAUAGACGAGGCUAUAAAAAGACCUGCUCAAUUAGUAGACGUCAACCUUGUGUUUGCCAUCAGCGCCAACUCCAUGGAUUCGGAUAGAACCUUCCUACAGAUGCAGGAGAUCAUAAAAUCCGUUGUGGACACUUAUCCCACAUCGAAUAUAUUUUACAGUGUUUUGUCUUUCGGAGAUUCGCCUGUUGUUCAUUUGGACUUCACCGACCAACUUUCCGACGAGAAUAUUAAACGAACGAUUGACUCCAUUGGUCAAACAACUGGUUCAAGCUCUCUCGAUAAAGCCUUGGACAAAGCAAGGGAUCUUCUUAACGCCGCAGCCACAGAGAGGCCCGGUGCGAAAAAUAUUCUUGUUGUAAUGGUAGACAGUAAAUCUGACAGUGACAUGAUCGAUGUCAAGGUCUCGUCAAGACUGCUUCGGGGUGAUGGAGUGAAGGUGAUGGUUGUUGGUGUCGGUAAUGAGGUGGAUCAAGAAGAAACAGGAAGCAUCACAUAUAUUGCGAUUCUCACCAAUACAACCGAUAGACCUGAGGGCGUGGCCAAAGAGAUUAUUAGAAACAUUGACAAAGACACUCGAGAUAUUCCCGCAAUCGACCUUGCAUUUGCCUUGAGUGCUGCUGCUGUAGACGCCGACGAUAUCUUCGAUAAGAUGAAGAAUACAGUAGAUACUAUAGUAAAGCUUUAUGGCGUUGACAAGAUCCGGUACGCACUCGUGACAUUUGGAGACAAAGCUAAUACUGUCGCUGAUUUCGACAAUGACCGCGGGAAAGACGCACUUAGGACAAUUGUUCAAAACGUUAGCCGGCCAACGGGUGAACCAGACGUGAGGGAAGCCUUGGAAGAAGUAGAAAAACUGUUCGAAAAUGCUUCGCCCAGACCUGGAAGCUGGAAAGUGCUUGUGGUUUUUAUAGAUAAGAAGUCAGCCAAUAGCCGUGAUGACAUCAAGGAGGCAGCUAAACCGCUUAUAGAGAAGAAUGUCACAAUUAUACCUGCGACUGUCGGGUCAGAGGUUAAUGUCGAUGAAAUAGAAGUACUGGUUACCAACAAGGAAUUCAUCGCCGUCUGUCCAGUUCCUGAGCCCGACACCUGGCCAGAGAUAAUCAUCGAUAAGGCUAUACAGGAACUGCCAAAGAUUCCAAAGCUCGAUCUGGGAUUUGCUAUCAGCAUCGGUUCCUCGGAUGCAGAUGCCAACUUACAAAAGAUCAAAGACACCAUGAAAUCGAUAAUAGAUCGUUACGGAAAAAGCGAUAUUCGAUACAGCUUCAUUCUCUUUGGUGAUGAACCGUUUGAGAGAGUCAGCUUUGCUGAGAGCCAGCGUUACACUGUCGCUACUCUUAAGGAUAGAAUCAAUCGUUUCACACGAAUCUCUGGUGCAGCUUUAGACAAAACCCUGGAGGAGGCCAAAGAGAUUUUUGAGCGUACAGCGAGACCUGAUGCUAAGAAGGUGUUGGUUGUCAUUAUGGACCAGACGCAGUCGAGUGGAAGGGAGAGCACUAAAAGGAAGGCAAAAGAGUUACAGAUAUCUGGAGUUAAGGUUGUUCCAGUGGUGCUCGGUGAAGAAGGAAACAAAGUGGAAUUGGAGGAAAUCACCCGACACAAAAAUAACCUGGUGGAGAUGGAGAAAGAUGAGAAUGAAGAGAAAGCUGCUGAAAAGAUAAUGAUCAAAGUGCUGGAAGAUGUCACCGAUGAGGAACAGAUGGUAGACAUUGCAUUUGCUCUUAGUGCCACAGCAUUAAGCUCAGACGACAACUUUAGGAAGAUGAAAUCUCUACUGGAUGAGAUCAUAAACAGCUACAGUCCAUCUGCCACUCGCUACAGUAUCAUAACAUUUGGGAAGACCCCAGUGGUUGAACUCGAUUUUGGAGGCGUGAGCGACCUCAUGGAAUUGAGAGAAACCUUACAGCAGAUCACAAAGAAUCAGCAGGGCGCCGACCUUGCCAGGGCCCUUCGAAAAGCUCGGCAGCUAUUCCAGACAGCAGCCGUGAGUCGUCCUAAUGCUAAAAAGAUCCUGGUGGUGGCAAUGGAUAAGGUGUCUGACAGUGAUGAGAUCGCAGUGACAGUAGCCGCCAGAUCUUUGGCUCAGGAUGAAGUCCGAGUUAUCGCUGUCACGUUUGGAAAAGAGGCAGAUCCACAAGAGAUUGAAAAGACAACUCUGAACAAGAACAAUGUGAUCCAAACUGACGAUAAUGAUGGUUCCGAGGAUAUUGCGGUAGAAGUUGUAGAAAGAGCAAACAAUGAUUCUAUGCCGAUACCAAUGGUAGACUUAGGAUUUGCCAUCAGUGCCACAGACACCGGAGCCGGCCAGACAUAUGAAAAUAUGAAGAAUGUGGUCAAACAUAUUGUUAAUUCGUAUGGGUUGGUCAGCAUAAGAUAUGGAGUCAUCCUGUUUGGCGAGUCAGCGACAACAUACAUUCCUUUCUCGCGAACUUUUCCUGACGAGAUGGCAUUGUUAUCGUCCCUCGAUUUGCCACAAAGACUCCGUGGAGAGCCAGACUUGCAGAAGGCGUUAGAGGAAGCAAAGACAAUGUUUGAUCAAGCGACCCCCCGACCUGGUGCUAGAAAAGUCCUCGCUGUCAUCGUCGAUAACGAUUCUUCCAAUAAUAAAAGUGAAAUUAAGGAAGCGGCGAAGGUCUUAAAAGAUGACGACAUCCAAGUCAUACCCGUAGGCGUUGGACCCAAUGUCGAUGACGAGGAACUUGAAAUUAUGACAGGGAACAAGAAAAACGUUAUUAAAACAGACAAGGAUGGCGACUCGUCGAGCGUGGGUGAAGAAGUCAUCAUGAAGAUCCAUGAGGAUCCUCCCACCGUGCCAGAAACAGACCUCUUAUUUGCCCUUAGUGCUAACGCAGUAAAAGACGGAGACAACUUCCAGCAGAUGAAAGAUAUCAUCAAGGCCAUGAUUGAUCAGUACGGGACAUCUAGUCUUCGGUAUGCUGUUAUGACGUUCGGAAACGUACCGAUUAUAAGAAUUUCCUACGAUGCAGCUUUCUUGGACGAUAAAGCCUUGAUGAACUUAGUCGACGCGGCUCAGAAAACUUCAGGAGCAUUAUUAGAUAGUGCUCUUUCAAAAGCCAAGCAGUUCUUCGAAACCCAAGGUCGUCCUCUCGCGAAGAAGGUGCUGGUGGUGAUUUCUGAUAUCAAGUCUAGCAGUUCUCUUGGAGAUGUCCAGACGCAGGCCAAGUUCUUGGAAGAAGACGACAUCAAAGUUAUUCCAGUCGCCCUUGGAAAACAGUCCGACAUGAAAGAACUGUCUGCAACCACACCGAACAAAGAGAACCUUGUAGAUAUUGACGAAGGUGAUGAUCCAGCAGAAACUGCCGAGAUUAUUAUGCUGAAGAUUGUGAAAGAUGUUCCUAAGAUACCGGAGAUGAACUUAGCAUUUGCCAUCAGCGCCAGAGCUAUAGAUGACGCGACAAACUUUGCGAAGAUGAAGGACAUCAUACGGUCAAUCGUGCAAAAGUUUGGCUCAAGUCGAAUCCAUUACAGUGUCAUUACAUAUGGCGACCCACCAACCACUGUUCUGCCAUUCGAUCGUAGGCUUCCUUCCGACGAGGAUUUAAAACAGCGCAUCAAAUCCAUUUCCAAGAACGAUGGUGGUGCAGCAUUGGUUGAGGUGCUGCAAGAGGCCACCAAGCAGUUUGAUGCUGCAGCUAAAGUCCGGCCUAAUGCGAGGAAGGUUCUAGUUGUUAUAGCGGAUAAGGAAUCCGAUAGCAGGGGAGAGGAUCUCAAGAAGGAAGUUUUCAAGUUGCAGCCCGUUGGCAUCAAGGUUAUUGCUGUUGCCCUGGGUGAAGAAUCUGAUGAGGAUGAACUUGAUAUUUUGACGCCUGAAGAGGGUGCAGUCAUUGAGGCUAACAGUACUGACGGCGCCAGGAAAACCGCUCAUGCCAUCAUGGAAAAAGCUCUACAAGAUUAUCCAGAAACACCCUACCUUGAUAUCCUCUUUGCCAUCAAUACCGCUGGUAGAGAUGCAGUGAAGACCUUUGAGAUGCUGAGAAAUGCUCUUAAGAAUAUUAUACAAAUGUACGACCCAGAUCGCGUACGGUAUGGUGUAAUCAUUUAUGGCGACUCUGCAUCGCUCGUUGUCCGAUUCUCUAAAGAUCCUCAAGAGGUUAAGAAACUGACCAGGGAUAUCGACGAGCUGUCGCAACCUUCUGGAUUACCAAAUCUCGAGGGACUGUUACAGGAAGCAAAGAAGGUGUUUGAGCAGGAUUUCGGCCGACCCAAAGCAAACAAAGUGCUGGUUGUAGUAACUGAUGCUAAAUCGUCAUCAACGUCAGAUGACAUAAAGCAGGCUGCUAAACCGCUGGAGGAAGAUGGGGUAACAGUUGUUGCAGUAGCUGUAGGGGAUGAAGCAAAUAACAAACAGUUGGAGAAAAUGAUACCUGACAAGCAAACGCCUUUGACUAUGGACAAGGAAGGAGAGCCCGAUGAAAUAGGAGAAAAAAUCAUGGAGAAGGUUUUGGAAGCCAUCCCUCAGAUACUUGAUUUAGAUUUGUUGUUUGCCAUAAGUGCCCGUGGUGCGUUGGACUCAGCGAAAAACUUCCGGGAAAUGAAGGACAUUAUCGAUAGGGUCAUCACCAAAUAUGGUAUCGGUAAAAUUCAAUACAGCUUCGUCGUGUUUGGAUCUACCCCGGCGGUAAGACUGACCUUUACACGGCCUGUGAACGACGAACAACUGAGAGGAAUCCUACAACAAACACAACGCUCAGUUGGUGCAAGCCUAAAAGAUACACUAAAAAGAGCUGAGAGGAUCUUCGAUGCUUCCCCCCGACCGAACGCUAAGAGAGUGUUGGUUCUCGUGAUGGACAAACGGUCUGAUAACCGUCUCGAUGACGUUAAAUUGUCAGCCGAGUCUCUAUGGAGGUCUGGUGUCAAAGUUAUCCCAGUGGCCUUUGGACGAGAGGCUGCACAGGAUGAAAUGGAGGCUACAACGUCCGAGGAAGACAAUUUGAUUGACGUGAGAGACACCAGCAAUCCUGACCAAGUCGCCCAAGAGAUCAUGGAAAAGGUUUUAGAGGAUUUCAAUGUUCCCAAAAUGGACAUAGCGUUUGCCAUCAGCGCCACAGCCCACCAGUCAGAUGCAAACUUCAUGAAAAUGAAAGACACAGUUAAACAAUUUGUGGAUAGAUUUGGUGUGCACGGAAGGGUGCACUACGCUUUGAUGACGUUCGGAGAUCCCCCGACGAAGGAUUUGCAAUUUAGCGACAAAAUGGCAAGUCCAAGCACUCUUAAGGAACUGAUAGAUGGAAUCGGUAAGCCAUCUAGGGAAGCUGCAUUGGAUGAAGCUCUCAGUGCGGCUAAGUUGUUGUUCAGCCCAGGUGCAGGUGGAAGGGAGGAUGCUGAGAAGAUUCUGAUAGUCAUGACCGACAGGGAGUCAGACAGCAGCAACAAAGAUGUCAUGAUGUCUGCCAAACAGCUGAAGAAUGAAGGAAUCCGUGUCAUUGCAGUUCCGCUUGGUGACGAGGACAACUUGAAUGAAGUGGAGGUUAUUGUAUCCAUCGGUGAAGACAUUAUUAAGCCGAAGACUACAGACAAACCCAGGCACAUCUCAGAUGAGAUUGUCGGAAACAUUCUUAACGAUGAACUUCGAACUCCCAAAAUCGAUUUAGGAUUUGUGAUCAGUGCCUAUGCUACAUCAGCUGCAGAUACCUUCCAGCGUAUGAAGGAGACUAUUAAUGCCAUUGUUGACGAGUAUGGAGUCUCUGGUAGAAUCCGCUACGGUCUUGUCACGUUUGGCCGAGACGCAACUCGAAAACUGAGCUUUAGUCGAGAGAUUUCUGACAUCAACUCUCUAAAAGAUAAGAUAAAGAAUACUCGUCGCCCUUUUGGAGAUCCUGACUUACAAAAAGCUUUAGAAGAGGCCAAGAAAUUAUUCGAGACUGAGCCAAAACGUCCUGAUGCCAUGAAAGUUAUUGUUGUGAUAACUGAUAAGAAAUCCACGAGUCGUCCCGAAGAUGUGAAGUUGGCUUUCGUUCCGUUAGCGGAGGAAGGUGUUAAAAUUAUCCCUGUAGCGGUUGGUUCAUCAGCAGACCCCGAUGAACUGGAAAGGGUUACAUCCAAUCGCGGUUACAUCAUCAUGACAGAGAGGGAACUGGAUCCAGAUGUGACUGCGGAGCAGAUAAUGGAGAUGAUUUUGAAAGAUUUGCCAGCUGUGCCCCAAAUGGACCUUGUACUCGCUAUCAGCACCAUCUCAUCAAAUGCUAAUGCAAACCUCGCUAAAAUCAAAGAGGUGGUCCAGGAACUGAUUGACACGUACGGUGUUCAGCGGGUCUACUACAGUGUCAUACUGUUUGGUCGGGUUCCUAGCAUAAGGAUAAGGUUUACACAACAGUUGGAUGAAGCUUCCUUGAAGUCAGCUAUCCAGGGUCUGCGAAGACCUAGUGGAGGUUCAUCGCUUUCUGUUGCGCUAGAGACGGCUAGAGGCGUGUUUCGGGACGGCCGUCCAGACUCCAAGAAGGUCGUGUUGGUAGUAAUGGAUGCGAAAUCAGGAAGCAGUAAGGACGACGUGAAAGAGGCCGCCAGUGAAUUAGAAGAGGAUGGUAUCAAGGUCAUUCCACUGAUGUUGGGAGGUCAGGCAGAUCCGGAUGAGGCCUCAGCUACUACCACGAACAAGCAGAAUGUUGUGAAGGCAAAUGACACCAGUGAUACGAAAGCCGUUGCCGAGGAAAUCACACAGAAAGUUACAGACAGUGAGCCAGUUAUUCCAUUGGUUGAUAUGGGAUUUGCUAUCAGUGCAACGGCAAUAAAUUCCAGAGAACAUUUCCGGAAAAUGCAAGAAGUCAUCAAAACCUUCGUUGAUAAGUACGGUUCUCAGAGGAUUGCUUACAGUGUUCUGACAUUUGGAUCGAACCCAACCAUUAGUGUCCGCUUUAGCGAUGCAGCAAAUGGAGACGAGGUCUUGAUGAGCAUCAUAAACAACAUACCACAAAACGAAGCGAGAGCGUCUCUUGAUAAAGCCCUGCACGGAGCGAAAGAGCUUUUCAAGGAUUCCAAUGGUGCCCGAAAGGAUGCUAUGAAAGUUUUAGUGGUGAUCACAGACGAAAAGUCGGAUAGUCUGGAGCAGGAAGUGAAGAAAGCAGCUCAAAGACUCGACGAAAACGACAUCCGGGUUAUUGGCAUUGCACUUGGAGAUGGAAGUGAUGGAGAACUGGAGGGGAUUACUGAUAUUGAGGGUGACGUCAUCAACACAACCGAUUCGACUUCACCCGAGAAAAUUGUGGAGAAAGUAGUUGAGCAAGUCUUAAACAAAACUGCUACACUUGAUGAGAUAGACUUGGCAUUUGCCAUCAGUUCUGCUGCCGCGGGCUCUGACACAACUUUCCAGCAAAUGAAAGACACCGUACAAGAGAUAAUGCAGACUUACAAAACCGACAAACUGCGGUAUGCUGUGAUGGUGUUCGGAGGUCGGGUCCUUUCUCCUAUCAACUUUGCAUUGACACUUCCAGAUGACAAAACGAUAAAAACGUAUUUCAACUCCAUCUCGCGUCCUUCGGGUGAACCCAACCUCGAGCAAGCUUUGUCAGAAGCCAAGAAAUUAUUCGACCAGGCUUCGCCACGCCCAAAUGCCAAGAAAGUUUUAGUGGUCAUCAUGGACAAGAAAUCUUCCAAUAAAUAUCAGGAGAUUGACGUCGCUUUGAAGCCUCUCAAGGAAGAUGAUGUCAAAGUUGUGCCAGUAGCCGUUGGCACUGAUGCCAGUUUAGAUGAAUUGAAGAACAUUACGUCCGCAGAGGAAUAUGUAGUGACAGCAGAGAAGAGCACAGAUCCUGUGAAGCUUGCAGAGAAGGUUAUGAUCAAAGUGACCAAAGAAAUAUUGGACGUACCUGAGACGGACAUGAUUUUUGCAAUCAGCGCCACUGCACAGCUGAAUCAAUUAGAUAACUUUCGUCAGAUGAAAGAGAUCAUCAAUGCCAUGAUUGACAAGUACGGCACAGGAGACCUAAAGUACUCGGUCAUAGUCUACGGAGAUGUACCACAGCUAGGACUUCGCUUAAACAGCAACUUUGAGUCGGACGAAACUCUAAUGAAUUCCAUCAGCUCAAUUCGUAGUGGUCGUGGAGCAUCACUUUCUAAAGCCCUAACACUUGCGAACCAGGAGUUCGUUUUAUUGGGACGUCCAAACGCCAGGAAGAUUUUGGUUGUAAUCACAGACAAGAGAUCCACGAGCGAAAUCAGUGACGUCACUAAAGCAGCCAGAAUCCUGGAUCAGGAAGACGUCAGAGUUAUACCAGUGGCGCUUGGAAACGAGGCUGACGUAAACGAGUUGCAGAAAAUCACGCCGUGGCUGGAUGAUAUAAUAGAGACUGACAAGGAUAGCAAUCCAUAUAAAGUGGCAGAGGUGAUUCUGAAGAUUGGGUUGGAAGAUAAACCAAAACUUCCAGAAUUGGAUCUUGCCUUCGCCAUAAGCGCCACAGCUCUGAAAGCCGGUGACAACCUCAAGAAAACUAAAGACAUAAUCAAGGAUAUUGUCGGCAAAUAUGGAAUCAAUAAAAUGCACUACAGUCUGGCUACAUUUGGAAGCAAGCUAAACGUCAUUAUCAAGUUCAGCCGACAGGUAAACAGUAAUGCUCAGUUCAUGCGUCUGGUGGAUUCUGUCCGCGGAGUCCAACGAGGCUCUGACUUGGCUAAAGCUCUGGAAGAGUCCUCAGCCAUGUUUACCGAGGAGAAUGGAGGGCGACCGAAUGCCAAAAAGAUAUUAGUUGUGAUCAUCGAUAACAAGUCAGACAGUUCUGGUGAUGACACUGAAGAUGCCGCGGCUUUGGUGAGGGAAGCUGGCAUCCGAGUGAUCCCAGUUGGGCUUGAUAGAGCGGACAGAGGUGAGCUGGACAAGACGACAGCUGUGGAGGAGGAUGUGCUGACACCACCAGACAGCGACACGGCUCAAAACAUUGCGGAGGAUAUUAUAAGAAGGGCACUGAAUGAGACAGCAUCAGUUCCUCUUUUAGAUUUGGGCUUUGCAAUCAGCGCAUCAGCACAGGAUGCAGACAAAACGUUUACUCUGAUGACAGAAGCUAUAGACUCCAUUGCAACACAUUACGAGGCCAGCAAAAUCCGCUACGCUUUACUGACAUUUGGUAGCACAGUCAGUAAAGAGGUUACUUUCACUGAAGAUUCGCCCAACCCAGAAGAACUACGAAAGGCUUUAGAAGGGGCUAGUAGACCGAGUGGUGCACCAGACUUAAAGAAAGCUCUCGAGGAGGCAAAGAUGAUGUUCAAACAGGCGACCCCUCGACCCGGAGCUAAGAAGGUUCUUAUAGUAAUAAUGGAUAAAAAGUCAGCCAGUGAUGCCAGUGAUGUUAAAGAGGCAGCUAAACUGUUGGAAGACGUGAAUGUCAAAGUGGUCCCUGUGGCAGUGGGUUCCGAAGUCAGUCUAUCUGAACUUGAAAAGAUAACAACUAAUAAGAAAUUCAUCGUUAUCGUCGGAAAUGAUGAGGAUCCAGAGAGACUUGGAGAAGAAAUAAUCAGAAAAGCUUUAAAGAAUCUUCCAACAGUCCCAAUGGUCAACUUGAUCUUCGCGAUCAGUAGUCUCUCCUUUAAUGCGAACGAGAAGUUCCAAAAGAUGAAAAACAUCAUCAAAACCAUGGUAAAUGAAUAUGGCAAGGAAAGGAUUCACUACAGUCUCAUUGUGUUUGGAAACGAACCUUCGGUUGAGCUGAGAUUCUCCAGGACCUUUGAUAGCGACGCUGAGCUUAAAGCACACCUUGAUCUUCAGGCCAGAGUCUCGGACGGAGCUGCUUUGGAUAAAGCCUUGAAGAAGGCUGCUGAUUUGUUCGGGGAAUAUUACCGGGAGGGUGCUAAGAACGUGCUGGUGGUGAUAAUGGACAAGAGGUCUACCAGCAACAGAAAGGAUGUGCAGAGCAUGGCUGUUCCAUUGUGGGAGGAUGACGUCGAGGUGAUUCCGAUUGCGUUUGGGAGCCAGGCUGACAAGAAGGAGCUGGAGUUGAUUACGCCUCAUAAGGAAAAUUUGAUAUUGGCAUAUGUGAAUAACAAGACGGUAAACAUUGCUCAGAGAAUCAUGGAGAAAAUGAUGAAAGCUAUACCGAUAGUAGACUUGGCCUUCGCCAUCAGUUCCAAUGCUGCUGGAAAAGAGGAAACGUUUCAGAAAAUCAAAGACGCCAUUGACUUUAUUAUUACAUACUACGGCAACGAUCGCAUUCGUUAUGCAGUGGUCACAUUUGGUUCAUCUUCGUACGACGACGUCAAGUUCCAAGAUGGUCGGACAGUGGAUGAACUCAGACAAUUAAUCGAACGUCUUCCUCGUGCUACUGGUGUACCAAAUCUGAAAGAGGCGCUGGAGACAGCAAAAGGAGUAUUUGAUCAAGCGUUAGACAGACCAAGGGCCAAAAAGUUCUUGGUUGUUGUCAUGGAUUCCAAAUCAGGAAACCAGCCAGGAGAGAUCCAACAAGGUGCAAAAGUUUUAGAGGAGGAAGAAAUCAAGGUCAUUCCAGUAUCCAUUGGCACCGGUGCUAGUCGCAACGAAUUGGAAAAAAUCACCACAAACCGGAAGAACAUGAUAUCCUCACCAAAAGAUGAAGAAUCUAAAGCUCUGGGAAAGAAGAUCAUAAGCAUUGUCAUAAAAGAUUAUCCAUCGAUAGAGAGGGUAGACAUGGUCAUUGCAAUCAGUUGCACGGCGACACUUGGCGAGAAAAACUUCCAGAAGACCAAGGAUGUAAUUGAUUCUAUAGUCACGGAGUAUGGCCGGGAGCGUAUUCGUUAUGGCGUGGUGAUAUUCGGAAGGGAGCCAAAGAAAGCUUUGCGUUUGGUUGAUAGUUACAAUACAGACGAACAACUAAUGGCAAAGUUGAAUUCGUUUGACCGAGAAACAGGCAGUGCUGACUUAGCAAAGGCUCUCAAGACUUCAUGGGACAUGAUUUCAGAAGAAGGGAGAUCCAACGCCAAAAAAGUCUUAGUCGUUGUUUCAGACCGAAGUUCUCGAUCCACAGACAGAGAAAUACAAAAUGCGUUGAAGCCUUUACAAGACAAUAACGUCAUAGUUAUUCCUGUCGCCCUCGGAGUCACGGCUGAUGAAAAGCAACUUCGUCUACUGACCGAUGACGAGAGUUCGUUUAUGACAGCUAAAACCACUGAUGAAACUAGCGAAACUAAGAAUAAAUUGAUGGUUAUUGUCUUUAAAGAGAGGAUUUUCGUACCUGCCAUGGAUCUGUUGUUCGCAAUCAGUACCACAGCCACAGACUCAAAGGAGAACUUUGCUUACACACAAGAGGUCAUUUACAAGAUCAUCGAAAAAUAUGGCAUCAGGAAGAUCAAGUAUAGCUUGUUAACAUUCGGUCAAAAGGCGUACGUACAUUUUAAAUUUAAUUUCAUCUCUGAUGAGGUAAACAGGCUGAAAAAUGCCAUCAGUCGGAGCAAAAUGAAGGAUCUCAGUGGCGUAUCUCUGCAAGAUGCAAUGGAAGAGGCAAGAGAAGUAUUUGAAGAAGCUGAAGGUCGCCGACCGGAUGCCAAGAAAGUACUUGUUGUGAUUAUCGACAAAAAGUCAGACAAUACCAUAGAGGAGGUUAGAAAUGCCGCCGCUUUGCUGGAAGGUUACAAAAUCCGUGUCAUCCCUGUGGCGCUUGGCCGAGAAGCAGAUGUUGAAGAACUCACAAAUACAACACUUGAUAAGAACGAUCUGGUGAAAGCCGACAAAGACAGAGACUCGGAGAAAACUGCAGAGGAGAUUAUUAUGAGAGCUAAAGGACAGGCUAUUCCAGAAAUGGACAUUUGCUUCGCCUUUGGCACAUCUGAUUCCAAUGCGGAUAAAACGUACAAGAAAAUGCAGGAAGCAGUGAAACACAUGAUCGAAAAGUACAAAGAUCAUGAUCAAAUUCGCUUCGCUAUCCUUCCUUUUGGAACAAAUCCUUCUUCUGUACGAGGCUUUAGAGACCAGUCGGGCGAUGCAGACGGUUUGAUUAGAUUUGUGACAGCCAUUCCUCGACCGCGCGGAAGGCCGGACGUAGUGAAGGCGUUGGAUAGAGCAGAACAGUUGUUCGAGGUUGCAUCACCAAGACCGAGAGCUAAGAAAUUCUUAGUUGUGUUUGUUGGAAGCAAAUCAGGGAACGAUUUGGAAAUGUUGAAUAAGGCUGCAAAACCUCUGGAAGACAAAGGUGUGAAAGUGGUAGCAGUGGCCGUUGGAUCGGAAUCAGAUCCUGAUGAGCUCAUCAAAGUCGUGCCUAACAAGGGAAACCUAAUUAAGGCCAAGGAAAGUUUUGAAGUCCCAGACAAGUUGGGAAACGAAGUUAUGAUUAUCGUACUUAAAGAUUUGGCGAUCAUACCAGAGGUUGACCUGGCCUUUGCCAUCAGUGCCAACGCUGUACAGUCACGAACCAACUUUCAAAAGAUGAAGGAUGUUGUUAGCCAGAUAGUAGAGAUGUAUGGCCAAGAGAGAGUAUUGUACAGUAUAUUGGUCUACGGCUCUGUCCCAGACGUAAAGAUCCAGUUCAAUCAGCGACGAACAGAUGACCAGUUGGUGACUUUUAUUAAGAAUAUAAAUCGAGUAUCUGGUUCUGCAUUGGGCCCUACGCUGGAUAAAGCCAAGGAAGCAUUUAAUCAAUAUGGGCGUCCUGGAGCGAGGAAGGUUUUAGUGGUAAUAACAGAUAGGAAAUCUGAUAGCGAUGCUAAAGUCUUGCAGGAGAAGGCGUCUCUACUGGAACAAGCUAAAAUCAAAGUAAUACCUGUAGGUUUGGGAAGUGAAAUUGAUAAAACAGAACUGCAAAUUUUAACUCCACGAGAGAAAGACAUCAUUACAAAACCAAAUACGGUUUCCACAGAGUAUUUGGUGGACGUAAUCAUGAGGAAGGGUUUGGAAGAAACACUUUUCGUCCCGGAAAUGGACCUCGCUUUUGUCAUCAGCACGACUGCUGUGGAUAAGGACAAAAAUCUCGGAGCAACUAAAGAAAUCAUCAAGGAAACCGUGCAAACCUUCGGCCUGUCUCGAGUCCGGUACAGCCUAAUUACAUUUGGUGCUAUACCUGUGGUCAAAAUAAGAUUCGACAACGUCUUCGCCAGUGAGGAAGAUCUUGUCAAGAUCGUUGACAACGUCAAGAAAGAUGUGGGUGCCGCUUCUCUCGAAAAAGCCUUGGAAGAGACUAGAUAUCUCUUCGCGUUAGCUGAGGAUGCCAGACCUGAUGCCAAGAGGGUUGUAGUGGUCAUCACUGACAAAAAGUCUGACAGCACUGAAGAGUCUGUACGAGCUGCCUCGCAGAAGCUGAGGAAUGAUGGCGUCCGCGUGAUCGCCAUUGUACUUGGCAAUGAGUUUGAUCCGGUCUCGCCAGAGGUCAUCAAGCCGGAAGAAGAACAACUUCCCAAGGAGACAGCGAAGGAGUUAUUGAUGGUAGUCUUAAAUGAAUAUGUCGUUACAGAGAAGAUCGACCUUGGCUUUGCUUUAAGUGCAACAGCAUUAAAUGCAAGAGAAACGUUCGCUAAGAUGAAAGAAACUGUGAAAUCCAUAAUCAAGAAGUACACUGUUGGAAACCUGCGUUACGCUGUUAUUGUUUACGGCUCCGAUGCAAAAGUACUUCUUAGUUUCGAGAGGAAUUUCCCUGCUCUGGAGAAUUGGCUGAGUUCUGUUGACAACAUGCGGAUUGAGCAAGGAGGGCCCGCUCUGGAGAAGGCUUUACAGAAGGCCAGGGUGUUGUUCCAGUCAAGUGGUCGUAAAGAUGCUAAAAAAGUACUGGUGGUGAUUGCAGACAAAUCACCCAUUGGAGAUAGCGGUGAAACUGGGAAGGAGGCACUAGAACUGGAGUACGCUAAUGUUAAGAUCGUGCCCGUUGCUUUUGGCGGUGAUAUUGAUGCUAAGGAAAUCAAGGAUAUCUCACCGUAUAAAGACGUGCUCGUUGUCGUGCGCAAUGAUGUCGACCCAACCGACCUUGGCUACUCUGUGAUGGAAAAAGUUCUGAAAGUCACACCUAAAAUCCCCAAGUUGGAUCUCGCCUUCGCAAUCAGUGCCUUACCAAGCGACCGUAAUUUUGGAUUGAUCCUGGACAUUGUAAAGGAAGUAACAGAGAGAUUUUUCAGCGACCGUGUCCAAUACGGUUUGAUUGUGUUUGGUAGAGAUGCCUUCAUAAGGAUUCACUUCAGAGAUAAAUAUCGGGACCCUAAAAAGUUGCAGACUUUCAUUGGCUCAGUCGCUUCCAACGAUGACGAGCCAGCUCUCGAUAAGGCGCUCAUGAAGGCUAAGCUUUUGUUUGAAAGUGAGUUUGCCCGGAAAGAUGCACAAAAGGUUCUUGUUGUUAUCAUGGACACUUUCACUGGUCGUAACAAGCCAGCCAUCAUGGAAGCUGCAAAAGACCUGGUGGACAGCUCCGUAGUUGUCAUCCCCGUUGCUAUCGGUAACAGGCCUGUUCCUGACUUCGAAAAGGAGUUUCCGGAUGAGGAAGUCAUCAAAACCAAAGACAAAGACCAUCCUAUUAAAACCGCUGAUAAGAUAGAGGAGAUACUCGUUAGUGGUAUCACCACGUUUACCAGACUGGACAUUUCAUUUAUAGUCAGCACGACUUCCGUGGAUGCCGAAGAAAAUUUUAAACUCGUCAAAUCCACAAUUGACUCCAUAAUCGAACGACAUGGCGUCAAAAAACACCUGUACAGCUUGAUGACCUUUGGUCAAAGAUCCAACAUAGUCUUUCCGUUCCAAAAGACCGAUAAAGAGUCUUUGUUAACUCUUAUACAAGGCGCCAGGUUACCCAGUGGUUCACCUGAUCUGGUAAACGCUCUCAAAGACGCAAAAUAUCUGUUUUUCCAACCAAGUGGAGGCGCGCGACCAGAUUCCAGGAAGGUUAUCAUAGUUAUGAUCGACCGGAAGUCUGUUAACACCGGAAGUAACAUCGAAAAGAUUGUGGGUGAUUUUGAAGACGGAAAGGUUAGGUUUGUUACUGUGGUCAUUGGAAAGAACGCUGGCCCAGAUGAGCUUAUACCACUGGCUCCAGACAAGGAUAAAACAAACAUAGUGUAUACGGAUAAAGAUGGCGUCCCAUCAAUAGUUGGAAAGAAGAUUAUGGUGCUGAUAACUUUGGCUCUUUCUGAUCCAUGUCUGGUUACCACGUGUGAUUUUGAUGCCAAAUGUGUUAAGUUAGCAAAUGGUUCGACCGAGUGUGUGUGCCGUGAUGAUUGUGCUCAGACAUACACUCCUGUAUGUGCCAGUGAUGAACGCACGUACCCUAACAACUGCAGCAUGAUAUUCGAAGCUUGCAGGACGCAGACGAUGCUCACAGUUGUAAAGGAGGGUGUCUGUGAAGCUUGUAGCAACCGGGUCGAUUUGCUCUUUGUCCUGGAUGGAGGGAACCUUGAGGUCAAGAAGAACUUCAUAAAGGCAGUCAUCGAUAAAUUUAACAUCGGUCCUAACGAUACACGAGUAGGAAUGGUGCUGUCAGAUGCAGAUGACUUUUACUUGAUAUCAUUCAAUGAUACUCAAAGUGCAGACUUGGUCAAACUCGACAUUGAUAGCGUCAGCGAUGUGGGUUCAUCCUCAGGCAUUACUCUUGGUUUACAGGAAGCCUUGGAAGCGAUAAAAGACAGGAGAGUCGACGUCAAACAGGCCGUGGUUGUGAUCAUGGAUCAGUUGGAAAACAACAUGAAAUUGGUGCUACAAAGAUCAGGGACCCUGAAGGCACAUGAUGCAAUAGUUUACUCUGUAGGGGUGGGAAGUGGCAUGGAUGAUCCUAGAGUCAAGAGAGUAGCAUCUAAAGAUGACUACGCCUUCUAUGCGCCUUCCCUUAGUGAACUCAUGUCUGUGGCGCCGUUGAUUUCUGAAAAAAUUUGUCCGUUGAAGGUGGUCAUCAGUUUCCCAGUCGACAUUGCGUUCGCCAUCUCUGCAACGAGUGCCAGAGCCAACGAAUUAUACGACUACAUGCUCGACGUUAUCAAACUUAUCGUGGAUAAUUACGGCAUGUACACAGUACAUUAUGCAUUCAUGGUGUUUGGCGACGACACUGAUGUACGAAUACGCUUUGGCGAUGCAUUUAACAGCCCUGACCAACUCAAGGUUGUACUGGAAAAUAUUCCAAGAAUCGGUGGACAGCCGAACUUGGAGAAAGCGCUCGAGAAGGCUACAGAGCUUUUCCGACCCGGAUACAAAGGAGAGAGACCCGGCGUGCGUAAGUUCUUGGUAGUGAUUGUGGACAAGGACACUGUGGGAGACGUGACUCGGUAUGCAAAGAGUUUAGAAAACACAGGAAUAAAGGUAAUCCCAGUUGCUAUUGGACGGGAAGUCGGACCGGGAGGCAUCAUAAUUCCACCUUACAAAGUAAUCGUAGAUCCUGAACCUGAUGUGGACAAACCGGAUAUACUGGUUCAAAAUAUAACUAAAGCAAUUAUUAUCGAUCCAUGUGAAGACGUCGUAUGUGACUACAACGCUGAGUGCCGAGCCUUGCCCAAUGACACCGCUCUCUGUCAAUGUCUGGAUGACUGUUCAGCGGAACCUUUUAAACCAGUUUGUGGAAGUGACUUGGUGACGUACGCAAGUGAAUGUGCUCUAAAAGGGAAGGCUUGUAAGAAUGAAAUGGCGAUUAGUGUGGUGUCAGAGGGAAUCUGUCAAAAAGCCACUGACCUUGCUUUUGUUAUCGGCGCUUCUGAACCUCAAGCGUCUGCUGUCUUUGCAAGAAUGGUAGCCAUGUUGAAUGACAUUGUUGAUGAAUAUGAGAUAUCUAACGACAAAACACGUGUUGCACUGGUAGACUACAAUGGUCCUGCGACAACCAGGGCCUUAUUCAGCGACGGUUACAACAAACCCACCUUUAAAAGGAUCGCAAGUAGCUUACCAGGACCCAGAGGUCGACCGGGGACACUUAGCGAUGCUUUAAGCAAAGUACGAGAUGAGGUGUUCACUCUUCAAAACGGCGCGCGGCCAUUUGCAGAGGAUGUUCUUGUUGUGAUGACCCAGGGUAAUUUUGAAGAUAAAUCUGCGGAUAUCAGGAACGAGGUCGCCAAAUUGAGAAGCAAUGCAAUCAAGGUCGUGGUGGUUGCCUUCACGGACGAACCGGGCGUAGACAAAUGGAACAACAUCUCCUCGGGGAAUAAUCUCAUUGUUAUAACCAAGCCUGAUAAAGAUAAGAAGGAGGCCAAGAAACUGCCUUACACUGUUAGCAAAGUAUUUCGCAGCUGUGCUGAAGUAAAAGCAUCCGGGUAUUCUUCUGAUGGCCAUUACCUCCUUCACAUAAGCGACAGAUGUAAAGAUCCAACUAGAAUCUACUGUCACAACAUGGCGUCCAACGCGCCACAAGAGUAUAUCACCUUGGAGUCUGGUGCCGAGAACAACUUCGCUAUUAUCUAUAAUCAGCGGCUUAAGGAUAGGUACAGUUGCAGUGGGCCUGCGCGAAGUGAGUUGUACGCUGAGCAAGGUUCAACGAACUUCUUCAAAGUGCGCCUUGAUAUCGCAAGCAUGAAAAUUAUGAGUCGUGACUUCACUUUUGCGCUGACUGUAGAGGGUAAAGACAUCCCGUAUGGCACAGCAGGGGAUUGUUACUCGGUGAACACUGGUAAAUGUCGAAAGGGUCAGUUCAAGGUUGACUUGAGCGGGACAAGACUUCGAGUGCGGGAUGAUGUGAGCUGGACAUUGCAGGGGUUCCCGAAUGGUUUGCAGAUUCAAGAUUACCAGAAGUCGCUUGAUGGUGCGGUGGUGUCUGCUAAGUGUGGAGGCUGGUGUGGUCGCUGUAAGCCGACCAGGGGAUUUAUAUUAGUGGAGCCUUUAUGUACUAUUCCUGCAGCGUGUCCAUUCCCCAUGGAUGUGGUCUUUGCUUUGGACUCUUCGUCCGUGUUAUCAUUAUCAGACUACAUCCAGCAGAAGAACUUCGUUGUCACAAUGAUCAAUGCUUUCACCAUCUCCGUCGCCAGGACGCAUGUGGGAGUCAUUACUGUGGGAGAGACAGCCAGGAGGGACAUUGAGCUUACACAGUACACCCAGUCUGAAAUACUUAAAUUCCGAGUGGCUGAACUAAAUGCUACCAAUGACUCUCCUUCAGAUCGGACAAUCAGGUUUACUGACAUGCUCAAACAGGCGACAACGGCGUUUAAAAAUGGAGGAAGGUCACAGGUUCCUAGGUCUUUAAUUGUGUUAGUUGCGGGUGAGAUCACCGAGGACCUUAAAUCUGCUGCCACCAAACUGAAGAGCACGGGCGUUCAGAUAUUUGUCGUUGCUGUUGGUGUGACUACACCGUCAUCUCGGCAUGUUAGUCUCGCCAGUGGAAGGAAGUUUGUUCACACCGUUGACAGUUUCGACGAGCUUGGUUCGUUGGCUGCAAGGUUGGCCAAGGACACGUGUGAAGACCCUUGCGCAAAGAAGAUUUGUCAGCCCUAUGCCCGCUGCAAGGCAAUCGAUUUUACUCGCACAGAGUGCGUGUGCCCAAAGAUCAGUGAUUGUCCAACCACCAAAGAUGAAGUAUGCGGCAGUGAUAGAGUCACUUACAACAAUGACUGUGUUUUAAGAGUCCAAGCCUGUACAAGAGGACAAGACAUCACUGUGGAUAAUUUGGGCCCAUGUGGUUUGUGUGCUGGUGUUAAAUGUAAAGAGCAUGCGCACUGCGAGGUUAAGGGUGGCAAGGCACAGUGUGUCUGUAAGGACGUUAGGGAGUGUCCCCAGACUCCCACCCCUGUGUGUGGUAAGAACAACAGGACUUACAUCAACGUAUGCUACCUGGAUGUGGAGAAUUGUCGACUUGAAGAAAUUGUUGAUCAGCAGAGACCAGGAAAGUGUGAGCCUUGUGCCGGGGUGCAGUGUAAGGAACCAAAGUUGUGCAAAGCGGAUUCCCAAGGUAACGCUGAAUGUGUGUGCCCGGAUGAGAGAGAUUGUCCAAUGACUGUUCAUGCUGUGUGCGGCAGCGAUGGUAAAACGUACCUCAACGAGUGUGUGAUGAAGGCAAAGGCUUGUCUCAGAGAAAUGCCGGUUUAUAUCGUCAUGGAUGGAUAUUGUGGCCCGUGCGACCUCGCUAAGGACUGUGAGAACAAUGCCGCCUGCAUCGGAAACGCGGACGGAACAGUCACGUGUAGGUGUCGGACAGAGGCCGAAUGUCCAAAGGACGGUGAUGGUGUGUGUGGCUCAGACGGACAGACGUACAUUAACAAGUGUCUUUUAGAUGUGACGGCCUGUGCAAAUAAAGAGACUGUACGAGUUGUGCAUGAAGGACCUUGUGGUUCGUGUAACCCUGGUAGUUGUAAUACCAACGAAGUGUGCAUCGGUCAAAGGGAUGGACCAUUUUUGUGCAAGUGCAUCGAAAUUAAAGACUGUGCCAAAGGAAAUGACCCUGUUUGUGGCACGGAUGGGAAAACCUAUCUGAAUGAGUGCUUUAUGAAAGCGAUGUCAUGUGAGAAAAACGCAUCUGUGGGAUUGAGGCAUCGAGGACGUUGUGGGGUUUGUAAAGACACUCGAUGCUCUUCAGGCAAGAGGUGUAUGGUAAAUAAGUUGCAGAUACCAGCCUGUAAGUGUCCAACAGAAGACGAUUGCCCAAGAGAUUAUGAUCUAGUGUGUGGAAGUGACGGAAAGACUUACAUCAACCUGUGCAGAAUGCGGGUUGAAGCUUGUAUAACCGGGAAGCCACUCAGGAUGAUUAAAAAGGGAGUGUGUGAUCCCUGUAAUGCCUCACGUUGUAUGUACCAUUCUGUUUGCGGAGUUAUACCUGAUGGAUCAACUGAAUGCCGUUGUCCGCGCUUGGAGGACUGCCCGAAUGACAACAAUACCGUAUGUGGAAUGAAUGGCAAGACGUACGAGAAUGAAUGCAAGCUGAAGGCUGAAAGUUGUGCUGCAGGAAUCGAAGUUACAAUGAAACAUGAAGGGCCUUGUGGCCCCUGCUCAUUGUCAGAUUGUGUUGACUAUAAUGGCCAAUGUAUUGAAGCACAAGACGGAUCUGGGACUGCGCAGUGCAAGUGUCAAGCCUCUGACCAGUGUUCAAAUAAUGGCAGGGAGAUUUGUGGAGACAAUGGUAAAACGUAUCGAAACAUGUGCUUUUUGGAAGCGGAGUCGUGUCAACUUAGACAAAAAAUUGAAGUCCAACAGGGAGGACCGUGCACGCCAUGUUCCAAGUCUGUUUGCGCUCAGGACCAAGAAUGUGAAUUGGAUGCCCAAGGUAGAGCAUCGUGUAAAUGUCCUGAAUUCUGCCCCAGCCUGGGUGAGCCUGUUUGUGGCAGCGAUGGCCGAACCUACGAAAAUGAGUGCAAAGCGAGGAAAGAGUCGUGCGAGAAGAAAAAAGGACUCUUCUUCAAACCUGGUGCCUGCGGAUUGGUGGUCGUUCCCUGCUCACUGAAGAGUUGCAUAAAUCACGCCCAAUGCGUGUUCUCGUCUGGUACAGUGGAAUGCCGCUGUCCAGAUAAAAACGAAUGUUCCAAUGUUACGAGCGUGGUUUGUGGCAGUGAUGGAGAAACUUACACAGUUUACGACAACGAGUGCCUUAUGAGAGUUGAUUCCUGUAAAAAGGGCAAAAGAAUUGUUCCAGUUACUCCUAACAAAUGUGCUCCUUGUGAUUUGGCCAGCUGUCACAGCUUUGCUACUUGUGAAAUGAGGAACAACAAAGCAACGUGCGUUUGUCCGUCAGAACGUGACUGUCCAUGGAAAGUUGACCUGAUCUGUGGUUCUGAUGAUCAGAGUUACCUUAACGAGUGUGUUAUGAAGGCUAGGGCUUGUAAGGCAGGGAAGAAGGUCACUGUCAAAAGAAAGGGCUAUUGUGGCAUUUGUGAUUUGGUAACAUGUGCUAAUAACGCUGAAUGUUUCAUCAAAUCGAACGGUCUCCACGAGUGUCGCUGCCCAAGAGAAGAUGAUUGUCCGUCGACAUUGGAGAAAGUUUGCGGAAGUGAUGGCAAAACCUAUGACAAUGAAUGCAAACUGAAAGUACAAUCGUGUUCUGGGGAUGGUAGUCUUGUGGUCAUGAAACAAGGACGCUGCGAUGAUUGCACGGGAAUGAAGUGCCAACCGAGCCAAGUUUGUAAAGUAAUUCAGAGCUUAGCCACCUGUCAGUGCCCUAACAUACGCGACUGCAGUUAUGUCCCAGCGCCGGUCUGCGGCUCAGACGGCGUUGAGUAUCCUAACGAAUGUCAUCUCAAGGUCAAGUCCUGUUCCGCUGGUGGUGCAUUGGUCGUAGUAAACAAAGGCCCGUGUGUGGGUGGCUGUCGCCGCCUAAAGUGUCCAAUGUACGCAGUUUGUCACAACGCUCCAGAUGGGUCACGCACUUGUGUGUGUCCCAGGAAAAAGGACUGUCUACCAGUAAUUAAGACAGUGUGUGGCACAGACGGUAAAACAUACAUCAACGAGUGUCUUAUGAAAGCUAUCGCCUGUGAGAAGAAACAAAACACUGAGAAGAAGAACGAUGGAUUGUGUGACGCAUGUAAGUUUGUAGCCUGCCAAAAGCACAACAAAUGUGAGGUGCGAGCGGAAGGCUCAACUCAGUGCGUGUGCCAGUCACGGGAUGAAUGCCCGAUCGGAGGAGAUUCCGUGUGCGGAAGCAACGGUACUACUUAUGAGAACGAAUGUGACUUCAAGGCCGCUGCCUGUGGAACUGACUUGGAAAUGAAGAAAGGAAAAUGCGAUGCAUGCUCCUUCCAUCAGUGUAAGCCAUAUCAAGACUGUGUUGUGGUUGACAACACAGCGAAGUGUCGGUGUCCUAGAGGAUGUCCGUCCGACGAGGAUCGAGUGUGUGCUAACAAUGGGAAAUCGUACACAAACGAGUGUCUGAUGCGGGUAAAGGCGUGCAAGGCUAGAAAGCAGCUAAUUGUGGUCAAGAAAGGGGAAUGCGAUGCGUGCGCCCUGAAGAGAUGUGAUUUAUACCAACGAUGUGUCCUUAAUAGCAACAACCAAGCAAGAUGUGUUUGUCCUUCUCCCCUCGAGUGCCUGCGCAGUCAAGCAGCCUCGCCUGUGUGUGGUAGUGACGGUAUAACGUACGCAAGUGAGUGUGCGCUGAGGGCAGCGAACUGCCCGAAACGAUCGAAGGCUCGCCUGCUGUUCAGGGGAGAGUGUGGUUUGGUCGUUCUACCCUGUACCAGUACUUAUUGUAGGUAUGGCGCGAGGUGUGGCUUUUCAAGGGGUUACCCAGAGUGCAUCUGUCCCGUGGAAAUUGAUUGUCCGUUAGAAGACAACCCCGUGUGUGGUAGUGACGGAAGGAGAUAUCGCAAUCCAUGUGUCAUGGAGGCUAGAGCUUGCCAGAUGAGAAAGGAUGUUACAAUCGUAGAAUUCGGUGACAAAUGCGGAGCAUGUCGGCAAGCAAAUUGCGAGAAAUUCUUUGCCACAUGUCGGUUCACUAACACUGGGGUGGCAACUUGUAUUUGUCCUGAGGAGGAUCAGUGUCCUGUGGAAGUUGAUGAAGUGUGCGCCAAUGAUUCCAACGUGUAUUCUACAGAAUGUCACAUGAGGGCGAAGGCCUGCAAGUCAAAGGUUCCUCUGGGUGUUGUCAAGAAAGGACCCUGUGAAACUUGCGCAGAUGUCAAGUGUGAAUUCCACGCCAAAUGUGACACCAUUGAUAGAAAACCCAAAUGUCAGUGUCCCAAAGAGGAGGAUUGUUCUUCUUUGAAAUCAAAUCAAAUUGUAUGUGGAUCCGAUGGCCUGCAAUACGACAAUGAUUGUUAUAUGAAGGUGAAAUCAUGCAAGGAAAAAAGGUCGAUUACAGUCAAGAACAAAGGAGUCUGUGACAAUCCAUGCUCUACAAAACAGUGUCCACCAUACACUGAGUGUACACUUGACAGUAACAGAGAAGCGCAGUGCUCAUGCGUAAAGCGGUGCUCUCUCAUGUUUGAUCCCGUAUGUGCCAGUGAUGGCAAGACAUAUUUGAAUGAAUGCGUGUUCAAAAUAUCAGCUUGUGCAUUGAAGAGAAACACAACCAUGCUACACCAAGGCCAAUGUACGCCAUGUUCUACGGUCACGUGUCAGCGCUAUGCAAAGUGUGUGUCCACUAAUGAUACCACCCUCGGAGUGUGUGUCUGUCCACAUGACUGUUCCUAUGAGCCACGCCCUGUAUGUGGCAGUGAUGGAGAAACUUACAUCAACGAGUGUCAGUUGAAAGUUACUUCAUGUAACCGAAAAGCGAACGUGUCCGUUUUUCGCGCGGGGAAUUGCAAUCCUUGUUACUCCAAGACAUGUCCGCCAUAUGCUAAGUGUGUUUCUCAGUCCGGGACCUCCGCCGUCUGCGUAUGUCCCGGUAAAUGCCCACUGGUUUAUGAGCCACUUUGUGGCACGGAUCGCAAGAGUUAUUUCAACCUGUGUGCUCUCCAACUGGAAGCUUGUCAAUCAAAUACAAACAUUACAGCAGCUUACAAGGGAACGUGUGACAGUCCCCAGAAUCCUUGCGCUCUCAGGACCUGUCCGCCACACGCGAAGUGCGUUAUUGCGGCUAAUGGUACAGCAGACUGUGCAUGUCCAAGGUCUUGUCCUACGUCCUUGAAUUUUGUGUGCGGGAGUAAUGGAAAAAGCUACCGUAACACUUGUGAAUUGGAGAGAGACUCUUGUAAAAGGAACAAAGUUAUUAGAGUCUCCCACAAGGGCUACUGCGAAAUCCCUUGUCAUGAAGGCAAAUGCAAAUACGGUGGAUAUUGCGAGCUUGUUAACAACACCGCAACCCGCUGUCGAUGCCCAAGGUGUCACUUUAGAUACAAGCCGGUCUGUGCGUGCAAUAGCUCCCGCUGCCAACACGGCGCCAAAUGUCUUCUUCUGGAGGAUGGGUCCGAAUCGUGCCAGUGCCCUCUCGGCUGCUCGUUGUCUUACAAACCCGUAUGUGGUACCAAUAAGAAGACUUAUGCUAACCGCUGUGCUCUGGAUCUAGACACGUGUCUAACAAAUGGAACAGUGAUGCUCGCACGUGAAGGAAGAUGUUUCGUGGGUUGCGCUGAUAUCAAGUGCAACUUCUAUUCCACGUGCGUGGAGAGGCCUGACGGACAGGCAGCUUGUGUGUGCAAUGAACGAUGUGAUCUGAAAUUAGAUCUUGUCUGUGGAAGCAACGGUAAAACAUACAUCAACGAAUGUCUUCUUCGGGCGGACGCCUGCAAACAGCGAAAGAGCUUUGUUGUGUUGCAGAAAGGAGCUUGUACUCCUUGUGCUCUCCUGAAAUGUGACUUCUAUGCUGAGUGCAAAGCGCAGCUUGACGGCUCUCUGGAGUGUGUCUGUCCUAGACAGUGCCCGCUGUCUUUCGAUCCUGUGUGUGGUUCCAACAGACAGACUUAUCUUAAUAAGUGCACACUUCAAGUAGAAUCUUGUAGAACUCAAACUCGCAUCACUGUGGCCAGACGGGGACAGUGUGGUCAAUCGGUUGGCUUCAGAGGUGACGGUUACUUGGAAUACAGACCUUUGUCAGGUGUCAAAAAAGAAACAGAUAUUGAAAUGGAAUUCCGACCAAUCAGUCGCACUGGUAUCAUACUGAAUAACCAAGACUCGGGUAGAGAUUUUAUCUUCAUCAUCUUGAAACGCGGGCGGGUGAUCUUCAGUUAUAACUUGGGCAAAGGACCGGCUGUUAUCGUAAGCAGGAAAGUUGUGAACUUAAAUGCAUGGAACCAGCUGCGUGUGUACAGGAAAGGUAUGAAUGGCUACUUAGUGCUGAAUGGGGAACGUGUCGACGGUACCUCUCCUCCAGGCCUCAGCCAACUUGAUAUCAGACUAAAGAUGUACCUUGGAGGAAUCGUAACCAAACAAGGGAGCACUGGACUACAAGGAGUAACAGCUGGCUUCUAUGGAUUGAUUAGAAAACUUACCAUCAAUGGUGAGAAUUAUAACUUGGUAUUAUCUGACCAAGGAACGGGCCAACCUUCGAGCGGUCUGAACACCGUCAACAUGAUAAGAGGCGCGGAAGACAUGUGCUUCAUGAGUCCGUGUGAACAUGGCGGCAUCUGUUCUAUUCUGGACAACCAAAUCAGGUGUGACUGCCCGAAAGGAUUUUUGGGUGAUCGUUGUCAACUGCGAGCUAAUGUGCCCUACUUCCGAGGCGGAGCUAUCACCAGUGCCUUCAUGGAAUGGCGUUGGAAUUUUAUGUUUUCGACGAGGGUAGACGUUUUCGGUGCUGUCUUCGGUAUUCGACCUGAGCAAAAUAAUGGCCUUAUCAUGUACUCUGGAUCUGCGAACGCUUUCAUUUCGUUAGCCAUGAUUGAUGGCGUGAUACAAUUCAGGUUCAAACUAAGCCAAGGGGGAGGUUUCGCGAUAAUCGAGACGAAUUUCGCCCUAAAACUGAACGAUUGGCACAAUAUCGAGGCGUAUAUUGAUAUCGUGGGCAGAGGCGAGGCCUUAGGGACUUUGAUAGUUAACGGCAUCAACAUCUUCACGCUCAGAGCAACAGGCGUCUCGACAAACCUAUAUUCCAAUUUACUACAGGAAAGUGUGUAUAUUGGUGGAGGGUCUUCAGCUGAUGCUAUAAUCAUUUUCCAAAGGACUGGGGUGAGAGCUGGUUUUAAAGGCUGCAUCCGGGACUUCGAAUCCGAAGACGAAAAUUUGCGCGAGAGACCGCUGGACAUAUCAGUCGAUUUUGCGCAACGGGAAGACCAAAAUCCCGCUCGAUUAUUCGUCAAUGUAAUGAAGUGCGGAUGUAAAGACAAGUCCUGCCAAAAUGACGGAAUAUGCGCACAGAGAGAGAGGGACUUCCGUUGUGACUGCAAAUUAGGAUUUACCGGCCCACAUUGCGAAAUCAAAAGUUGCGGUAGAAAUGUCAAGUUUGACGUAGGAUUCGCAAUAGAUGGCUCAAAUUCAAUCGACGACAACGAAUACCGUCAGACCAAAGAUUUUGUCAAAGAUGUCAUCAAGGCUUUUUCCAUCGCCGAGGAUGGAACCCAUGUGGCUUUGCUGCAGUACGCGACUAUAGGAAUUAUCAAAUUGUACUUUGACGACGAUUAUUUCAAUCCAAAAGAUCUUCUAGAUAAGGUAGAACAAAUAGAGAAUACCAAUGGUGGCUCGACUAAUAUCGGAAAGGGUCUGGUGAAGACGUUGGAGAUGUUCUCAACCAGAACUGGAAUGAGAGGCGAUGAUGUGAAAAAGCUGUUUAUAUUUUUCACGGACGGCAAAAAUACAAACCCUGGGGAGGAUUUAAGUGUAUACUCGAACCGAAUCAAGAACAUCCCGGGGAUGACGUCGAUUGCCGUUGGAGUGGGGAAUGCAGUAAGUCGCGGCGAACUGCUGACAAUCGCUUCCAGUCCGAACGAGGUUUUCGAAAUAGAGGAAUUCGAGGAGCUGAAACUGCUCAUAGACAAACUGAGUCCCAGGGAGUGCAAGGAAGAUGAUUUUCCAUAACGUCCAACGGUAUAAGGCCAAAUGUUUCCCUUCUUAAAAUAGAAAAUUGCUCCAUUGCUAUAACCCAAAUAGAAGAUUGGGUUUUUUUUUUAAGAAGAAAAGCUAUGCUACAACUAUAUUCUAAGCUUAGGACGUUAAAGCUUGUAGAAAAGAACGUAUUUUAAUUAUUUGAUUUAGGAAGAAGUUACUUUUUUAUACUUGUAAGCAACACAUACUCAAAGAGAAACCAAUUGGGAUAGAUGCAACUUUCAUACAUUAUUUUAGUUUAGCUUUAGUUUCUGCUGUUCUGAAUUGUAUAACUACUUUAAAGUCUGGAAUGUUUGAAACAAUAAAA